UGUGUUUACAACCCAUUCACAUGUCCUGUCUGGUUAGUUUCAAGGUAUAUCGUCGUGGACUAUAAUUUAGUCACAGAAGAGAGGUAAGCUUCAUGCUGGUAUGUGGUUUAAUUCAGGCUUGGUCACUUUAGUAAGUUUAGCAAGUAAUUUGUUGCAGAAGGUAAUGCACAAAAAAAAAAAUAUAUAUAUAUAUUUUUUAUUUUUUAUUUUUUUUUUUGUACACCAGGUUACCUUGGAUUAUAUAACUACAGCACGAUGGUGAGUAGCUUGUAAAUUGUGAUGGCCAGCAGUAAAUAACAUAGGUAUGGUGCAAAAGGCAAUUAAAUGAGUUAAUUGUGGCUGUUCCUUUGGGAUCCUUCCCAGAUAAAGUAAUGCAUUUCCCUCUCAUCAGCUUAUUAACACUGCAUCCUUCAAUGCAGCACUUUUCAUGCAUCGCAGUCUCCGAUAUAAUCGCAGCUUGGUUAUUUUAGCAUAAAACUUAGCAAUUUAUUGAACAAACUCUGUGGUAGACCUUGCAGCCCUAUUUGAAACCGGCUUGACUACAUUUAUACGCCUUAAGGUUACGUCCAUUGCAUGGACAAUAGAUAACUUAUUAUAGCAAUAUAAAACAAACUUAAAUUUGUGUGUGCUUUGAUCAAGAGAUAUAACCGCGUACUCUGUCAGUAUACCAAUGUGGAGUUUUUUUUUUUUUUUUUUAUAUAAAACAAAGCUGCUACACUAAAUGUGUAAUUCUCCCAAAACCACACAACUUAUUGCAUAUACGAAAAAUAGUGGAGCGCUAUCUUAGUUUAAUAUAUAGACAAUUCAUGUGCACAUAUAUACUGGGAAACACUUAGCUUAAUUUAUUUUAUUUUUUAUUUUAUUUUGAGGAACCCUUAGUUCAAGUGUGUGUGUGUGUGUGUUCCUUUUACCCCUUAAGGACCAAACUUCUGGAAUAAAAGGGAAUCAUGACAUGUCACACAUGUCAUGUGUCCUUAAGGGGUUAAGGACUGAGCCAAAUGUACACGUUGUAAACAAAACCUGGCAUUUGCGCUACAUGUCUUUCCAACCGUAAUUCACCUCUUUCAUAUUAAAUGCACCCACCCUUAUUAAAUAUCAUUUUAUUCAGAGGAAACAGGGCUUUAAUUUAAUAUCAAAUAUUUAGCUAUGAAACAUAAUUUAAUAUGUAAAAAUAUGGGAGAAAAUAAGAUUUUUUUUUUUAUUUUUUUUUAAUUUCUACAUGACAUUUUAACUGUCAAUGUCAUAAUACUGUUUGCUUUACUGCAAUAAAAUACACAUAUUUGUAUUCAGCAAAGUCUCACGUGUACAACAGUACCCCCUAUGUACAGGUUUUAUGGUGUUUUGGGAAGUUACAGGGUCAAAUAUAGCAUGUUACAUUUGAAAUUGAAAUUCGCCAGAUUGGUUACGUUGCAUUUGAGACUGUAUAGUAGCCCAGGAAUGAAAUUUACACCCAUAAUGGCAUACCAUUUGCAAUAGUAGACAACCCAAGGUAUUACAAAUGGGGUAUGUCCAGUUUUUUUUAGUAGCCAUUUGGUCACCAAUACUGGCCAAAGUUAGCGUUAAUAUUUGUUUGUGUGUGAAAAAUGCAAAAAACACCAAUUAUGGCCAGUGUUUGUGACAAGUGGCUACUAAAAAAUACUGGACAUACCACUGGACAUACCCCAUUUGCAAUACCUUGGGUUGUCUACUAUUGCAAAUGGUAUGCCAUCAUAGGGGUAAUUUUCAUCCGUGGGCCACCAUUGGGUCUCAAAGGCAAUGUAACCAAUCUGGCGAAUUUUAAUGUGAAAAAAAAUGAAACACAAGCCUUAUAUAUGACGUAACUUUUGAAAACGCCAUAAAACCUGUACAUGAGGGGUACUGUUGUACUUGGGAGACUUCGCUGAUCACAAAUAUUUGUGUUUCAAAACAGUAAAAAGUAUCACAGCAAUAAUAUUGUCCGUGUAAGUGCUGUUUGUGUGUGUAAAAUGCAAAAAAAGUCACUUUUACUGGCAAUAUCAUCGUUGUAAUACAUUUUACUGUUUUGAAACACUAAUAUUUGUGUUCAGCGAAGUCUCCCGAGUAAAACAGUACCCCCCAGCUACAGGUUUUAUGGUGUCUUGGAAAGUUAUAGUGUUAAAUAUAGUGCUAGCAAAUUAAAUUCCCUAUACUUUCGGCAUGGGUUGUCCUGCAAGUCCCGCUAAUUGUAAUUACUGUAUAUACUUGAGUAUAAGUCAAGUUUUUCGGCACUUUUUUUUUUUUUUUGCUGAAAAACCCCCACUCGACUUAUACUCGAGUCAAUGUCUGUAUUAUUGCCACUUAUAUUGCUAUAAUACGGACUUGUAAUGAGCCCGGCGGUCCUGUUUGGGGCCGGCAGGAAGCUGUUACUUACCUUUACAGCAGCUCCUGUCAGCUCCCUACUCCUGUGUUCCGAUCAGCUCCACUGUAAAUCUCGGGAGAGCCUGCGGGUCAGAGCGUUGCCACGGGUUACCGUGGCAACGCUCCGUGCGGCAGUCACACCGCGAGACUUACAGUGGAGGAGAAGGGAGCUGACAGGAGCUGCAGGAAAGGUAAGUUACAGCUUCCUGCCAGCCCCCCUCCUACACAGCCCAUCCACUGGACCACCAGGGAAUGAGAGUCCCCCUCCCUGGCCAGCUAACAAGCAGGGAGGGGGGACGAAAAUAAAUAAUAUCAAAAUAAAAAUAUUAAUAAUAUAAAAAAAUAAUAAUAAUAAUAAUGCCCACCCCCCCACCAAGGCACUGCAUUCAUACACACACAGCAUUCAUAUACAUACAUUCAUACACACACUGCAUUCAUUAUAUACACACACUGUAAAUAAAUAUUCAAUUAAUAUAAUUUUAUGGGGAUCUAAUUUUAUUUAGAAAUUUACCAGUAGUACCACCCUAGUCAAUAAGCUUUCCCAGUUUUGGGGGUUAAAAUAAGGGGUCUCGACUUAUAUUCGGGUCGACUUAUACUUGAGUAUAUACGGUAAUUAAAAUACCUAAUUAUGUAAAAAUAUUACAUAAAUAUAUAUGUACAAUUAAUAUGUGUGUAUAUAAUUUUUAAAUAUUUGUGUGUGUGUGUAUGUAUAUAUAUAUAUAUAUAUAUACACACACACACACAUGUAUUUUGAUAUAUAUAUAUAUAUAUAUAUCUCACAAUACAGUUAGAACGAAAACACAUAUAUUGAAUUUUUUUAAUUUUAACGUAUUUACAUAUUUUUUUAUAUAUAUGUAUAUAUAUAAUUUAAUCCGUAUCAGUCUACCGUGUAAUUUGAUAUUAAUAGUAAAAUACACCUAGACACUGUGUGUGUGUGUGUGUAUAUAUAUUAUAUAAUUUUUUUAUUUUUUUUACACUGAUUUUUAGCUUUCUUUUAUUUCAUUUCCAGCGAUAAAUAGCGAUCAACGUAGUAUUACAACAUUAUGAAGUGUUAUAAUACUGUGGCAUACAAUUAAUAAUUUAGGAGACUACACCUUCUACUGACAACUAUUUUUCCUAUGCUAUCCACAGGUGGUGGGCUAAAGGUCUGUACUUUAGAAUGAUCAAUUCUACUAAAUUAUUUUUAUUUUAAAAAAUGGCAUAUUUCAAAGUCGCUAUUAAGACCUUGAGGGAUCAUUGUAUUUAAAGUAUAGAUCCACUCCAUUUCUAUUUUUCCUAUAGCUUUAUUAAAAUCUCCUCCUCUCCAAUCCUUUAUUUUUAACUUUUUUUUUAUUUUUAUUAUCAUAAAUUUCAUAUCCCUGGGGUUAUCGUGAUGUGCUAUGUAUUUCGUAUGUGUUCCCCCUAUUCUUAUAUGUAACGGUCUUGUUGUUCUUCCUACGUAUUCUAAUCCACAUGGGCAUAUAAGCAAAUAGAUCACAUUCUUCGUGUAGAAAGUUAUAAACUCUCUCAUCAUUUUUUUUUUUUUUUUUUAUUACUUUUAAAUAAUUUCAUACAUACAAUAAAUUAAAAUGACAUAACAAAUAUACAAAAACAUAGACACAAAGACAAUACCAAACAAAAGAUUUGUGUACAAUUCAAAAGCCCUUAAAGAGAUAGAAAACCUUAAUUUAAUUAUAACUUCUAUCUACCAAGGCUGCAAGCGCGGGCCAAAAUCAGUCUCUAAGAUUUAUUAUAUAUCCUUAAGAAUUUGGUCUAGUACAAUUUCCCUCUAUAAUUUGGAUCCAUUUGUUAGAUUGAUAUUGUUUACUUAACAAAUGGAUGAAGGAGACCGGAAGAUCUUUUUCCAUCCGAAGUUGGAAUAACAAUUGGUCGGUAAGAUUCCUCUUCUCAAAGGGGUGGUAUGACUUCCAUUUUCUCGCUAUUACAAUCUUGGUAGCCAAAAAACAAUGAAUUAUAAUACAUUUGGAUGUAAAAGAUAAGUUCCAAUUUAGGUGUAGUAAGGCGAUAUCAGGGCCCGGAUGAAUUGAGAUGUGGAAUAAAGAUUUAAGCAGUUCGAAAGACCACCUCGAGAGAGGUUUAACUAAUUUGCAAUACCACCAUAUAUGGACAAGAGAUCCGUCAAGACAACCACAACGCCAACAAUGAGGGUUCUGGUCCGGAUACAUCUUGCUUAGUCUAUAUGGAGUUAGGUACCAUUUAUACAUGAUUUUAUAUUGACACUCUAUUAAGUUCAAACAAUGAAAGUUUUUUCGGAUGUCUCUAAGGGUGACGCACCAUUCAACAUCGGUGAUGUCUAUAUUUAGUUCCAUUUUCCAUUUAUCUAUAAUAUUUAAGGGUUGUCGGUCAGAUAUAAGUAUCAAAUUGGAAGCUUUAGAAAGGAUUGUUUUAACUUUAUUAUAAUCAAAUAUCUCCUGAAUAAAAGAGUUAAUUUUUGUUUUUGUUUUUAAAUUCUUUAUUUUUACUCAACAGACAUAGCAAGUUAUUAACGACUUUGGGCUUAUGCAUAAGCCAGUGUAAUAAUAAUAGUAUACAUAAUACAGCUUGACAAUUACAGUAUAUGCCCAUUCGUAAUUGAGCCAUCGGCACUUGCCGUCUACUGAGGAUUUUUAUUUUUAUGCAAUUUUAAACAAUAUAUUCACAGAAAAAACGUCUUUUGCCCAAUCCCUUUUAAGGCUGAUAAAUAAGUCAAUUAAGGUACAAUUCCUUUGGUCACACUGAAUAAGCUCCAACCUUGCCAUACUGCUGGCAUCUGCCGGUUAAGUAGAUAUCUUGUAGUCUAUGAGCUCCUUAUCUAUAACAGGCAUGUGAUCCCAGCUGGGCCUAUGUAUAAGCUAAAUAACUGCUAUGCCAGAUAGGAGCAAUCAAGUACCACUCCGCUCUAUCAGUGCCAACCCAUUUCUCAUUGUACGUUAGGCGUUUGCCAACUAUGGAGAGGAUAUAUGCAUAUCAUGAAACAAGUAGGUACAAAUGACAGCUAUCAAUCAGAUGUGCUAAUCAGUGUCGUGUCAUUGUUACAUUUUCCUCCCACCGUAUGACCUAGCCUGGAAAAAAAUAAAAAAAUAAAAACAAAGAAAAAGGAAAGAAAAGAGGAAAAAAAAAGGAGAUAGAUAGGAAAAAGUGUGCAGUAAAUUAGAGGGAGGUUUAGAAGAGGGAGAAAAGGGGGGGGGCAAACGGGGAAGGGUCAAAAAGCAGCAACCCCGCCGGCACAGGAGACCCCGCUAGCAGUGAUGAUUUCCGUUACGAAUCGUACUUGGGCGGGGGGGGGGCUCUCAUUCUCCUCUCGAGCCAACUACACUAUUGUCCCAAGGUUCCCAAAUUUUAUGGAACGUCGAGACAUUUCCUCUCACCCUUGCCGUUAGGUCAUCCAUCACUCUACAUUCUUUAAUUCUAGAUAUAACCCCCGCGAAUUCCGGGCCCUCUAAUGUAAGCCAUGCUGACGCUAUUGCUCUGCGCGCACACAGUGUGAUUUUGUGUACCAACUUCUGCUCCCUUUUGGUCCAUCCAUCAAUUGAUCUAUUCAACAAAUAAAUCCACGGGUCCAUUUUCAGGGGUCUAUCAAACGUCUGUCUCAACAGGUCUUCAACAGACUUUCAGAAACCUAGUAGCCUUGGACACCCCCACCACAUAUGAAUAUAAGUCCCUCGUGCUCCACAUCCUCGCCAACAUUCAUCUGUCUCCCGUUUGUGCAUUCUAUGAAGUUUGACUGGGGUAGUAUACCAUCUGAACAUAGUUUUCCAUGCCUGCUCCUGAAGGGUGACACAAAUGGAGACCUUAGCGCUUGCGUCCCAUAUCUCCUGCCACUCGACCCCUUCCAAAAUCUCCCCGAGAUCAUUCUCCCAUUGGUCAAUGUAAGUUAACUUUCCCCAUUCUUUAUUUUCUCCGCUAAGGUGUGCGUAUAAGAGAGUAAUCAACCCCUUGGGGGUUACCCCCUCCGAGCAAAUCCUCUCAUAAAAAGUGGGCUUCCCGGAGGCAGCCGAUUUGAUAUGUGGCUUUUUGGCGAAGUCACGUAUUUGAACAUACCUAAAGAAAUCCGCAGGGGUUAGGUGGUUUCCUGCUUGAAGAUCUGCAAAUUGUACUACCUCUCCAUUGUGAUAUAAUUGAUGAAUCCGUUGUAGCCCAGUCCUUUCGAUGUUCCUGAAAUCUCUGGGGGUCAUACCAGGUGGGAAUUCCCUGUUUCUCAAAAAAGGAGUCAGUGGGGAAGGGGAUGAUGCCAGUCCGUAUUUUGUGCUACAAGUGUCCCAUAUUCGGAUCGAGUUGAGGAUUGCCUGGCAUGUGUUUCGUAUCGCCGGUCUGUGUUCCGGCGGGACCCAUAUCGUAAACUGGGGUACGUCAACACCCACCAUCAUAGACUCUAUUUCCACCCACCUUCUCUCAUCCAUUGUGGAAUGCCACAUGGCUAUCUGCGCCAGUUGAGCCGCUAAGUAGUAGAAAUAGAGGUUCGGAAGGCCCAAUCCCCCUCUGUCCUUGCGACGGUAUAAUACUUGUUUAGCAAUUCGGUGUCUCUUGUUCUGCCAAAUAAAAUCUCCAAUCGAUCUUUGCAGCGGUAGCAAUUGCAUCUUCGUUACUCUUAUAGGUAGCGCCUGAAAGAGGAAUAAUAUACAUGGAAGGAUGUUCAUCUUCACUGAAUUUAUCCUACCGACCCAGGAUAUGGGUUUUUCAGUCCAGUUGUCUAAGUCUCUCAUCAGGUCUCGUAAAAUAGAGGUGUAAGCUAAGUAUAAGCGUUCGGGAUCAGCUGUCAUAUUAAUUCCCAGAUACUUCAGAGAGUCCGUUUCCAUGCGGAUCUGGUAAAUCUCCUGUAACCUAACCGUAUCAGCUUGCGACAAGCACAGUGGUAGGGCACUGGAUUUCUGAAUAUUUGCCUUAUAACCUGAUAACGUACCGUACUCUGCUAUGACUUCUUGUAUUGCUGCCAUUGAUUCCAGAGGGUUCGUGAUGGUCAAGAGGACGUCGUCCGCAUAAGCUGAAACCCUAAAUUCCUUGUCCCCCACCCGUACACCAGCGAUGUUCGGGUGUCGUCGGACUGCCUGGAGUAGGGGCUCCAGGGCCAAAAUGAAAAGAAGGGGAGAGAGUGGGCAUCCCUGUCUUGUUCCGUUAUGCAGCUGGAAGGGAUGUAGUGGGGCUCCCGAUAUCUGCACUUGUGCCCGUACGUUGUGAUACAUUGCUCUCGUCAUUGUUAGGAAUUCUUCUGGGAAGCCCAUGUUCUUUAAAACUGGGAACAGAAAUUGCCACCGGACUCUAUCGAAAGCUUUCUCUGCAUCAAUGGAGACUACUAAUGUAGGGGUCCCCAAUGCCACCUGCCUCCAAAUCAAAUCUAUAUUCCGUCUAGUGUUUUCGAACAAUUGUCUACUCCUGAUGAAACCGACUUGAUCUGCAUGGAUGAGAGAAUUCAGCAAAGGGUUCAGCCUGUCAGCCAGUAUUUUCGCUAAUAUUUUCAGAUCGUGGUUGAUCAGCGAAAUGGGCCUAUAGUUUUCAGGAUAUAAUGGAUCCUUCCCGGGCUUGGGCAAGAGCACUAUGGUCGCCAAUGACAUGUCUGGGUCCAAAUGUCUACCCUGCCGUAGGUUAUCGAAUAGUUGGACUAAAUGUGGCGUUAGCUCUUUUCUAAAGGUUUUGUAAUAUGAGCCAUCGAACCCAUCUGGCCCCGGUGCUUUACUGCCUUUCAAGCUCGAGAUAGCUUUGUCCACGUCCUCUUCCGAAAUAUCCGCCGCCAGCGUGUGUGUUGCCUCCCCAGUCAAUCUAGUCAUCCCCUGCUUGUCUAGAUAUUGCAAAAUAUACUCUUCUUCAUGUUCUCCGUGAGGGCUUCCGUCCGGGGUGUGGUUGUAUAAUCUUUUGUAAAAAUCCUCAAAAAUCUCAGCUAUCUCAACUGGUCUUGUUCUCUUCGUACCAUCUGAGUGUUUAAGCACCGUUAUGUGGGAUCUCUCUUGCCUCUGCCUAAGCGUUCUAGCUAAUAGGGUGUCCAUUUUGUUCGCCUUCUCGAAAAAUGUCCGUUUUGACCAGGUCAUAGAUCGAGCCACAUCAUCCAAUAAUAAAGUGCGAACGUCCCGUCUCACUGCUCCCAAUUGCCUGAGGGUGUCCUCUGUCGGCACCGUUUGAUGUCUUUGUUCCAAGGAUCUCAGGUUCCCCAGCAACUUCUCCAGCUGUUGGUAUUUCAAUUUCUUUUUUCUGGUGGCUAGCUUGAUCAAGGUCCCUCUGAUAACUACCUUGUGGGCCGCCCAAAUCGUGCAUGCGUUCACCUCGGGGGUGGUGUUCAAUUCAAAAUAUUCUGUGAUUCCUCUCCUGGUUUGCUCCAGUAUCUCUGGGUCUUGAAGUAGGGACGUGUUCAAUUUCCACGUCCAUGGUGAGGCGAUACAUAAGUUAGAUAAAAUAGAAAGGUGAACAGCGCUAAAAAUCAGAAAAUGUACAUACGUUUUGUAGAAAUACUGGCCAGCAGAGUAACUUAAAAAAAGAGAGAAACAAAAAUACAAAUAAUGGUACAGUAUGUAUGAACGAUAUAAUUCCACAAGAACAAAGGUGUUAUAUUCACACUCACACUUUGAGGAGCUAUAUCAGCUCGGUGUUAAGAGCCUGGACGGAAUAAUCCCCGUCUAUGGAUUUCUUGAGGUUCAAGACCGUUGGUGAAUUUAUAGGUGUAAAUAUUCGUUACAUGAAAAACAAGAGUAAAAUACACCACAUGGUAUAGUACGUAAAUAUAAAAUAUUGUGAAAAAAAAAGUGGAUGAUCCUACUUACAUAUACUAGAGCAACGACCUGCUCUAGUUUGGAGAAUUUCAGGUGGAAUAAUCCCCACCUUGGGAUAUAGUGGACCCAGGUAUAGCAGCAAAGCAGUAUUGGAUAGGAAGGAGGACAAAAGGAAUGACUGGAUAGUUUAAAAAAUAUAUAUACUUUAAUACAAUAAGUGAAAAGUGAAUAAUAAACUAUAAAACCAGUCCUGUAUAAAAGUCCAAAAUUCUUCCUCACUUGACGCUUUUCGCCGAAGCUUUCUCAAAAGUGAAUGCUUGCUGCUUGGGGUCCUUGAGAUUAUAUACCUUCUCUGAUGAUGAAAAUCGAUUUCUGCUGUGCAUAUUUCCUCAUUUCCUGUUUUCAGCAAGAUAGCAUAGACAGGAAGUUCUCCGGACACCAUCUUGGAUGUGGGCAAUUUGUUGGAAAGUUCAAAAAUAGGAAUCAAAGGUAUACAAUAACAUAAUAACAUAUUGAAUCAGAUAAAAACGUGAAUAAUUACAGAUGUGGGCACACAUAGAGUAUAUGAUAGUGGAAAUCGAUUCUACUAUGUGUAUUUCCUCAUUUCCUGUUUUCAGCAAGAUAGCAUAGACAGGAAGUUCUCCGGACAUGAAAAAGGGAUCUCAGCGGUUAAAUCAAUUUUAGAAAAAUAUAAAGAUAUGGAUUCUGCUCAAAUCGAAUUUAUUUUAAAGGGAAUCGAUCUUAUUUUACACCACAACUAUUUUUGGUUCGCAGACGCUUUUUACCUUCCGAUAACAGGGACAGCCAUGGGGACCAGGUUUGCGCCCAGCUAUGCCAACCUAUUCAUGACGGAAUGGGAAAACAGAUGGAUAUGGGAGGGGCAUAGCUGGUGCGCGAACCUGGUCUCAUAUCAUCGCUAUAUCGAUGAUCUCCUCUUUAUAUGGGAAGGACCCAUGUCUUCAGCGGAAUCCUUCAUUAAUUACUUAAACCAGAAUAAUGAAGGUAUAAUUUUAACUUCCAAUUUUAGUAAUCAUACAGUAACCUUUUUAGAUUUCCUAUUUUUGAACUGAAUAUAACACCUUUGUUCUUGUGGAAUUAUAUCGUUCAUACAUACUGUACCAUUAUUUGUAUUUUUGUUUCUCUCUUUUUUUAAGUUACUCUGCUGGCCAGUAUUUCUACAAAACGUAUGUACAUUUUCUGAUUUUUAGCGCUGUUCACCUUUCUAUUUUAUCUAACUUGUGUAUCGCCUCACCAUGGACGUGGAAAUUGAACACGUCCCUACUUCAAGACCCAGAGAUACUGGAGCAAACCAGGAGAGGAAUCACAGAAUAUUUUGAAUUGAACACCACCCCCGAGGUGAACGCAUGCACGAUUUGGGCGGCCCACAAGGUAGUUAUCAGAGGGACCUUGAUCAAGCUAGCCACCAGAAAAAAGAAAUUGAAAUACCAACAGCUGGAGAAGUUGCUGGGGAACCUGAGAUCCUUGGAACAAAGACAUCAAGCGGUGCCGACAGAGGACACCCUCAGGCAAUUGGGAGCAGUGAGACGGGACAUUCGCACUUUAUUAUUGGAUGAUGCGGCUCGAUCUAUGACCUGGUCAAAACGGACAUUUUUCUAGAAGGCGAACAAAAUGGACACCCUAUUAGCUAGAACGCUUAGGCAGAGGCAAGAGAGAUCCCACAUAACGGUGCUUAAACACUCAGAUGGUACGAAGAGAACAAGACCAGUUGAGAUAGCUGAGAUUUUUGAGGAUUUUUACAAAAGAUUAUGCUCUAGUAUAUGUAAGUAGGAUCAUCCACUUUUUUUUUCACAAUAUUUUAUAUUUACGUACUAUACCAUGUGGUGUAUUUUACUCUUGUUUUUCAUGUAACGAAUAUUUACACCUAUAAAUUCACCAACGGUCUUGAACCUCAAGAAAUCCAUAGACGGGGAUUAUUCCGUCCAGGCUCUUAACACCGAGCUGAUAUAGCUCCUCAAAGUGUGAGUGUGAAUAUAACACCUUUGUUCUUGUGGAAUUAUAUCGUUCAUACAUACUGUACCAUUAUUUGUAUUUUUGUUUCUCUCUUUUUUUAAGUUACUCUGCUGGCCAGUAUUUCUACAAAACGUAUGUACAUUUUCUGAUUUUUAGCGCUGUUCACCUUUCUAUUUUAUCUGUCCAUUUAUCACAAGGUAGAGGAACACCUUGUUGGUGAACUGCAGCUCACCCCUGAGAAGAGAGUGCUUAUUAUUCUUUUGCAUUUGAUACAUAAGUUACCCAGCGUGAUGGAGAUAUCAGCAUGAUCCGACCAUGAGAUGUUGCCUACCCGGGAUCCUACAGUUCGGGACAUGCCUGCUGCGUUAGUCAAGAAUAGAUCUAUCCUUGAGUACGUUCCGUGGGGAGCUGAGUAAAAAGAGUAGUCCUUAUCACCUGGGUGGUGGGCUCUCCAGAUGUCUACAAGUCCUGUGGCGGCUAUAAAAUCUUUAAGCAGACGGUCCUGUCCCCCCCUACCCUGUGACCUAGGAGCACCUGACCGCGAGCUCCUGUCCACCGCCGGGCACGGGGCCGCAUUGAAAUCGCCCCCCAAAAAUAACAUUCCAUGGGGCAACCCCCUAAUUUUCUCCUUAAGCACCUCCCAAAACAAUGGGUCUGGCUGGUUCGGCGCGUAGAUGUUAAUCAAAUGGACCGUAUGUGAAUGUAGAACGCCUGAGACGAUAACCAUUCGACCUUCCGGGUUUGCUUCAAAAUGAGUUUUACGUAAGGGGCAGCUACUUCUAAUGAGGAUCGCUACUCCAUUUUGUUUGCAAUGGGACCUGGCUUCAAAAGAGCCUGCAUACGCGUGAUCUUUCAACCUAAACUUGGCCUGUGCUGGCAAAUGGGUCUCUUGGACAAAAGCAAUGUCCGAGUUCAUUCUUUUUAGUUCCCGUAACAGGAGUCUGCGCUUCCUAGGAGCGUUUAAACCCUUAACAUUCAGGGAAAUGAUUUUAAUCUCCAUCAGGCGAGUCAGCUAAGGCUCUGUAUAAUGAUCUCAUGUUCUUUGUCCUAUCAGACUCCCUAUCGGGUCCCUGAAGCAAGCCCUCUGCCAGCCCCCCGACCCCGCAGCCCCCCCUGGAAAGAAAAAAAGGGGGUAGAAGAAAAGAAAGGAGGGAAUAGAAUACAGAAUAGAAAGAAAAGCUGCACCUGGACACAGUCCGAUGCACUGAAAUUCUGGUCUUACCAUCCGCCAGAAUAUUUUGGGGAACGUCGUCCCGUUUCCCUGCCACGAUCAACGUUGGGAGGAACAUCGGGAUACUGAGCUCCUACCAUUUAGGCGCCAAUUGUAAGAUACUUGGACCUUUACGUCAAAAAACCUUCGCUUAUCAAAUAUAACCCACUGGCACUCCUUGCCCCCCCCCCGCCCCCGGGCCGGCUCCACUCGGGGAACUCUGUGUCAGUCCCCGCCCUCCACUGACCCCUUGGUGUGGUAGAUAUUCUGCCUCCCCUCCAAAUUUAAUAGCGUCAUGGACUGGUAUUCUCCUUAUGAUCAGCAUGAGGUGCUAGUAUGGUGACUUUGAGCUCGUUAUUUCCGCGGCCCUCUAUCAUCAAACAUACCAAGGGAGGCCUCACGGUGAAUGUGUUUGCAAUCAAAUCUGGGGCCACCGUGGUCCAGCAUACUUAUCUAUAAUUAUUACCACAAAAACUUAAAAACUAGAUAGGGAACUGACAAAAAUGAAAUAUGUGCAUUUACCUCCAUGGCACCUUCCCUCCACCUGCUGAAUCGAAUGGACCCCUCCUCCUCACCCCAGGAACCACCGCCCACCCGACCGGACGGUCGCCCCCCCCCAGCCGACCCCCCGGAACCAGUGCAGGGCCAGCCGGAGGGGGCAAGCAGCCGCACAGGAGGCAGCGGCCCCCAUGUUAUCCCAGCUAUAGUAGCCGUCCCCAGGUGAACGCGGCCCACCCCGCCCACCUCGGAACGCCAGGCGGGUCCGUGAACGCCAGGGGCCAGGCCCACCGUCGUAAGCCAUAAGUUGGGGCCAACAGCCCGAGGGGGGAGAAUAGCUACACAUACUGGUGCACAGGUCAGGCGCACUGUUUCGUGAUUAAGUAUACCAGCUCCAUUUCAGUGGUAAAACUAAAUAAGGCUUCACCAGGUUCGAAAUGCUAUCCCUUGUUAUUUCCUGACUUCAGUGGUCGACUCACAUUAUGCCCUACCCUUCAUUAUCCAAAUCACCCUUUUGUGUUGCGGGGGGGGAAAUUUCUAUUCACUUUCCAACCACACCCCCAUAUCGCCCCUUGCACCCCCAUUCCCGCAAGGACCUCCACUCCAUAUGCAUAUUGUUUGGGACCCCUCAUCUUUAAAUAGGGAGAUCCCUAAGAUAGCGGUAUCCGCAGUUAAAUCGUACGGCUCUAUCAUUCCAACCUAUGCAUCUACAACUACCACCGCCAUAAAAUGAAUCUAAACAAUAAAUUACCAGAUUCCACCCACAUUCCCCAGUAUUACCGAACACCUGCAAUUUACGCAUACAGUGUCCACCAACCCCACCCCUUCCUAAUUACUGCUUUUAUAAUUUUUUCUUUUUGCUUUUUUGUUUUUUCGUAAAUUAAAACUUAUCUUCCUGUUUAGGGGGAAGGUCUCGGGGCACUGGACAAUAAGCAAACAGAAACACGGGACAAAAACACUAAGAGGGGGGAUAUACGGGCGACUUGCCCUGCGGGCCCCGAGCUGCAUAAAUGUACCCGGACAGUUACAUCAAUGGGGCACUAGCACACACAAUCUACAUUGUAUAAUCCGGAUUUUUAAAGUCCCAUGUUCGAUCUUCCUCCCCCACACCGGCCCAGAGUGAAAAACAACAAUAAAAAUCAAACACGUGAGGUGCAGUGGUGCUGUGGUCCAAGUCCGGGGGGAGUAGCAUCAGCAUCUGCACUGGGGGGGGGGGGCCACCCCAACUUAGCCCCUAUCGUUGCAGGGAACACCUGUAGUAUAAACAAGGGUCAACCGGGGGUCAAAAACAGGUGGCCCCGAUCUCCCUGGCAAAAACAGUCACAAACGGCAAACACAGAGAUAAGGCCCAAGCGCAACGUGCGCUUCUGAGUCCCCCUGCCCCAUCCCCCGCCCAACAAAAAAGAGAAGUCUCGGCUGCCCGCAAUAAGGGAAAAAACAAUAAUAUCUCUUGCUGGUAGAAGAGGAGUAUACGAUACCGCUAGGUUCAGCGUUGGCUUCUAGGUCCCACUCCGCGCCACUCCGCUUGCAUCUGUGGCAGCUCCUCCGGUCCCAUCGCCAAGUUAAGCAGAUCCGGGGGAGGCUGUAGCCCCAGGCCCUGGAACAGGCGCUUCGGGUCUCCCCCCGGCGACAGGAUGUGCGCACGGCCUUCACGGAAGACCAUCAAUUUAAAGGGGAAGCCCCAGGCAUAUUUCAGGCCUGCCCCUCUCAGAGCCCCAGUAAUGGGCCGCCAGUCCCUUCUCCUCUGUAGCGUCGAAGGGGCCAGAUCUUGGUAGAAUGAUAUAAGGGCUCCGUCAUGUCGGAUAGGACCAUCUCUACCCUUCUUCAUCAAAGCCUCUUUGGUUUUGUAGUAUAGAAAGUUUAUAAUGACGUCCCUCGGGGUGUUGGUCUCCGCUCUUUGCGCCUUUAGCGCCCUAUGGGCUCUCUCCAUAUGCCAAUGUUCCUCCGAAAUGUGUGGGAGGAGAGGCUGGAAGAUCGACAUUAACAGCCCUUGUAAGUCUUCAUCUGGCCCUUCUGGUAAGCCUCUCAGGCGAAUGUUAUUCCUCCUAGAACGAUUGGCCAUGUCUUCCAGAGCCAGGUCCAUAUCAAUAACGUGAGCCGCCAUGCGAUUCACUCUAUCGGCAACUUCAUUGUGGGCCUGAUUUGUCGCUUCCAUGCGUUCCUCCAAUUUAGCAGUACGCUCUCCCAGAGCGCAAAUAUCCGCCUGUAGUACCGCCGUUGAUUUGGCGAUCUCCCCUGCAAGGAAAGAUCUGACUUCUGCCAGUUUUGCUAGAACAGUGUUCUGUUCCGCAGAGAGUGCCUCUCUAUCCGUGCCAGGCGAUGCGUGUGGGGAGCCCCCGUCGCCAUCUUGGCUGUCGGCGCGGCUGUGCCGAGAUGCUGUAAGAAGGUCCAAAACGGAGCCCCCGGACUCCGUGGCCCUCUUGGGCUGCUUCUUGGGGGGUCUCCUAUCCAUGAUAGGGUAUGUGAGGGUAGAAAAUGCUGCAAUUUAAGGUCGCUUUUGUAGCUUAAGGCGCCGGUGGAACGGAGCUCUAGUAGAACACGUCUGGUCUCAUCGACAGUCAGACCACGCCCCCCAAAGAGCUAAUUUUUGAAGUGGGUUUCAAUAAUGCUGUAUUCAGGAAAUUUUUAAUCCUUAAAUAAGAAAAAAAGUUAUUUAUUCGGGAGAUGUAAUUUAGUUUUAAUAUCGGUAAAAGGUAGUAUGUGAUCGUCAUGGAGGAUAUCUUUAAUGGUCCAAUGAAAUUUAGACCAAUGUUGUAAAGAAAAAGCAAAGAUAGUGGAGCUCUGAUUAAAAAUAGAGAGAGAUGAGAAUAUUGUGCAAAAAAUAGGGAACCUAACAACCUAUACAAUAUUGAACAAACUAAUAGACCAUUCUCUUCUAAUAGAUAAGUCAAUGGCCUUAUUAACACACUAAAGAUUAGUAUUAAAAAUCCAUUUUAUUUAUCAUUAUAAAAAAUAAAUAUAAAAAUAAACUUUCCAUAUAUCAAAAAUAAUUUGUCUAUUAGGAAUCACAAAUUAAGCCAUGAAAAGUCCAGACCUUAUUUGAAAUGCUCGGCGUCCCAAGUCAGCAAAAUGGUAGUGCUGAAAAAUAUCAAGCAAUAGUCUUCUCUGAAGUGGAGGGUUUAUUAAUUAGUUUGUUCAAUGUUGUAAAGAGAUAUCUUGCAUAUUGUCUUCCAGUACGGCCAAAUGGGCUGUCUUAAUGAUUUUAUUAGAUAUUUGUAAUCGCCUUUUUAUUAUAUCCCAUGCUCUGAUAGUUUGUGACAAGAGUAGUGAUUGUUUACUUAAUUCAUCUGUCACCUUUUUUGUUACUCUUAAACCAUAAAUAUAUUUCCAACCUGUCAAUGACAACCGCCUCCGAUUCUAUUCUAUACCAUAUCUCGUUUUUAGAUGAUUCGAUCUGGAGUUUAUGAACAUGCCCAAUAACAUUCGCAGAAUAGCAAUUUCUAAUAUCUGGGAAGUUCAUGCCCCCUUGUUGGUAUUUCCUAGAUAAAACCUUAGCGCUAAUUCUAGGUUUUUUUUAGAUUUCCAUUUAAAGGACUGAAAGCUAGAUUGUAUCAUUACUAGCCAACUCUCCGAGAUCUGAAGAGGAAUCAUCCUGAAUAGAUAUGACCACUUAGGGAGAAUGUAAGCAUUAAUUAUAUUAAUCCUGCUGGACCAGGAGGAUUCUAGUGAACGCCAUUCUUUUAGCUUUAUAUUUGUGUAUUUUAUAAGGUUGAGAACAUUUAUUUCCAUUGUGUUUUUAACUUGGGUUGUGAUUGAAAUACCCAAGUAGAUAAGCGUGGUCCUAGACCAUCCAAAAUCAUGAUUAUGUCUUAAGUCAGCUAAGUUAUAAUCGUCAACCUUAAUAGUUACAGCAUUUGAUUUGGUUAUAUUUAAAUUAUAAUUGGAUACUUUCAAAUAGCGAGUAAUCCAGACCAGUAAUUCUUGGUAUUUCUGUAUCUAUUAAAUACUUAUUAACUUUUUUUUGUCUGAGAAUGUCUCAAGAUUGUACAAGUUGUUUAUUGAAAAUUUGACCGAUAUCUUCCGGAGAGGAGUAUGUAAUUUGGUUGUCGAUCAAUUUAUCAACCCUGUUAAGAGUAUUUUGUUUCUUUAUUCUCUUAGUUAAAUUCUUAUUAACUCUAUUCCCUUGAUGAUAGGUAUUUACUCUAAGUUUAUUAUUUUAAUUUUUUUUUUAUCUUUUUUUAUUUUUUCAUAUUGAUCUGUUUUUGGAGUUCAAAUAACUUUAAGUUGAUCCAUCAGUUUAUCUUUAUUUAAUGUAGCCACGUUAAAAUAUUGUAUAUUUAAUUCAAUCAAAUCUUUAUCUAUUGUAUUUUUGUUUGUUUUUCUAUCUUAAUGUGAGAACCUCUUAUAACUACUUUAUACGUGGCCCACAGGGUGGAAUCCUAUAGUCUGUAAGCUUGUUUGAGCAGGGUCCCCUUUAACCUAUUGUUCCUGUAAGUUUUCUUGUAAUUGUCCUAUUUAUAGUUACAUCCCCCCUCUCAUAAUAUUGUAAAGCGCUACGGAAUUUGUUGGCGCUAUAUAAAUGGCAAUAAUAAUAAUAUCCGGACUAGAAUUUUCAAGCCAGAAAAAUCUUGACAACUCAAUUAUGUGGUCCUGAUUUGCUUUAAGUUUAAACAGAGAAUCAUUUAUUCUCCAGGCGUUGAAAGGUCUGAAGUAGGGUUUACCUAUUUGGAGUAUUAUAAAACUGUGAUCAGACCAAGUAUUGUCCUUAAUUUGAAUUGUGUUAAUUUCUCUGUGUGUUAGCAUUAACUAAACAUAGAUCUAUUCCUGAAUACAAAUUAUGGACUUUAGACAAGUGAGUGUAGUCACGUAGAUCUGGAUGAAACACAUGCCAGGCAUCGUAUAAAUCAUACAUGGCGCAAAUAUUAGUUUCUUAGCUUGUUUAAAAAUGUGAUUAUUUGGUUUCCACUGGAGAUGGAUAUUUUUAUCAAUCUCUGUGUCAAAAACACAGUUAAAAUCUCCGGCUAUUAAUAAGGUGCCUAUAGAUAUGUUUUCUAGUCUGUCUGUUAAACUCUCUCUUAUCUUAAAAUUCUGAGUCUCCGAAUUAAAAUCUUUUAUUAUACGCCUAUGAUUAUUUGUGCUGUUGCAUAACGUACAUUUGUCUGCAACCAUAAAACCAUACAUUUUCACUAAAUUGAUAUGUGCCUGUUUCCUCUUUUAGGUGACUUCUUACCACAUGGCUCUUAAUAUUAAUGACCCCUCUAUGUAUAAUUUUAGGUUGAUGCGUUAAAACCUCUUUUAAGACAGGAUCCUGUUGUAAUAUGUGCCAGUUUUGUUUGAUAAUACUUAUCACUUUUCUAUUAUUACUGCUAAAAUCACACAUAAAGGGUACGUGGUUUAUUUUUGCCUUCUCGUUACUUUUGGAGUUGUGCUUCAACAAUUCUCUCCUAUCUCUUUCUCUUACUUCUGUUCUUGAUUUCUCAAGGUUAUUUUCUUCGUACCCCUUCUGUAUAAAGUUUUAUUCUGAGUGACUGUUUUUCAUAAGUACUUUUAUCCAUGCAGUUCCUCCUAAUCCUUAUAAACUGCCCUUUUGGUGCAUUUUCCAGCCAAGGUGAGUAGUGACAGCUGUCUCUUUCAGUAAAACUGUUUGUGUUGACCGGUUUGAAGUGGUUCUUCAUUUUUAAAAAUCAUUUUUCUUUAAAAAUAUUUAAAUCUAAAAAUAUCACCUCUUACCUCCAUACACUGUUGAGUUCUAUACCCGAUGAAUUAUUAUUUAAAAAUGCUAGGAACUCAACUAAAUUCAGCGCCAUUCCAUACAAAAAAAAUAUCAUCAAUGUAUCGGCCAUAGGUGACCAAGUUUUGCUCCCAGUCAUGUUGGCCAUAAAUAUAAGACUCUUCCCAAUAUGACACAAACAAAUUCGCAUAACUGGGAGCAAACUUGGUCCCCAUGGCCGUACUCUUAACCUGUACAAAAAAUAGUCGUCUCCAUACCAUUAUAAUUAUUUUGCAGUAUAAGAUAGAUACCUUCAAUUAAAAAUUCCAUCUGGGCUGGUAAAAUUUCCCUUAUCAGCUGGUUUAAUUACCAAAUGUUUUUUAUCCUCUUUUUUUAGAUAUUUUUAAUGACUUCCUUUCUUUUAUGUUCAGAUUGUUUAUUAAAUUUAUCAGUAUCUUUUAAUUUAUUAAAUUUGGACAUAACGAUGGUUUCAAAUGCAAUCAUUUGGGUCUGAAAUCAUAUUUAGUGGAAAGAAGGAAUACAUUUCCUAUAAUCCUGUUUGUUUAUAUUGGGUUACAUGUGUUUGUUCUCUUUUUUGAAUUAAAAAAAAUAAUUAAGACAAAAGUUCCUUUAAAUCUGAUUAGAUCUGUUGAGAUUUAUUUAAACUUUUACUUGGUGCAAACUUGAGGCAUUUGUUCAACACUUUCUGCCACUUAGAUUGAAGAUCCCACUUUGGGUUGGAUUCAUCAGUGGCAUUCUCUUUUCCCCCUGCUUUGUUUGUAAUCCUCCUCUCUUUCCUCUCUGCCCAGGGAUCUCCUUCUUUUGGUGUUGGUUGGUGGAUUCCAAUCGGUGUUUUUCUUGUUCUUUCCAAAAACCUGUUCUCCACUUUCCUGUUCUAAUGGGAGAUAACGGUUAUAUAGUGUUGGUGGUCUCUGUACUUCUGUUUGUUUAAAGGGGUCUAUAGGUGGUCUUGGCGUUAGAUUUUCUUUCUCUCCAACCUCCUUCUGUUGAUAUUUCCGUCCAUCUUGUUUUGACCAUUUUCCACUUCUUGGAUAUCUGGUUGAGUCUGUUCUUGCUUUACCUCUUCCAAAGGAGUGUCUUCUAUCUCUACUUGCAUGAUCUGGUCUUUCAUAUCUUCUAGGGGAGUUCCAUCUUCCUUGUGAUUUUUUUUUUUUUUCCUGUGGUUUACGGGGUACUUUUCUCAUGAUGUCCUUUUCAUAUACAAGAUUACUUUGAGUGCGAGUUCUGUUCCUUCCUUCAUAAUGCGCUUUUCUUUCUGUCUCUCUCUUAUUAUUAAAGAUCUCACUUGAUUUGACUUAUAUUCCUUUAUGUCUCUAAAAUAUUUCUUCUCUGAAAAGACAGUGUUUACAGCAAAAAGCCUGAAGGUAAUGAUUCUACUCACUAGAACAAAUUCAAUAAGCCGUAGUUGUUCUGGUGAGUAUAGUGUCCCUUUAAUGUUUUUUUUUUUUUUUUUCUUUAAAACCAAGCUUAAACUAAUAUAAUCUGCCCUGAGAGCAAGAUUCUCAUUGUGUCUUAGCUCACUCCCAUAAUUGGAGGUGACCUUAACACCUUCCUUAAAGGGAAACACCCCCUUCUACCAACUGCCUCCUAUGUCAGCCAGCAGGGAGACCUAAUGCGCAUGCGCGGCAAGCACAACGCUCGCAUUAGGACUUCCCCCAUAUUGCACUUUGCAAUUCAGUGAAGAGGGUAUUUCAGAUUUUAAGACAAAAUAAUUCAACUGAAAUCAUAUCUGAUUUGGGUAUUUAUUUAAUUUUUUAAAAUUUGACUUUUGUAGGCUAACAUUUGAGAAUUACAAUUUAAUGAAUAAUUCUGCUAGACAUUGGUUGAAGACAAUUAAAGGGUUACUCAAAGCAUCAUAACCACUACAGCCCACUAUAAUGUUUGCUUAUGAAAGGAGUUUGUAAUAGUUAUGAGAUGAGUUUCCUGGUGUUGUUUCCCAGCAAGCGGGCAAACAGAUUAGCAACAGUCACUCCAGGAGGUGCCUAGGGUUGCAGAGCUGCAAAAGCCGCAAGAUAAUCCUGCUAUUGUUUCAUUGGCUGAGAGUGUCAGCUCUUUGCACUCAACUAUUGAAUAUGAAAAUAAUUUACAUUAGUGAGCCUGGAACUCUUGUCCUGGGCUGGCUAAUAAUGUACUAAUGAUGCUGCCGAAGGUGGAGUUACACCACUUGCAGACUAUAUAUCCCAGUAUAUGCAGCGUUUUUAUACUGAAACACUGCACAUACAGACUCCAAGCACUAUCACCACUUCAAAACACUCGAAUUGUCAUGGUGCUUGGAGUAAACCUUUAAUGACAAAUAGGAUUCCAUAGAUAUUCUGUCACAUUAUUAUUAUUAUUAUUAUUAUUAUUAUUAUUAUUAUUAUUAUUAUUAUUAUUAUUACCAUCACAUCUCAGAUCAUUAAAGUAUAAUUAGAAUUGACAUUAAGCAGUAGGGAACACAGUUCCGGGCUGCAAAAGUCACGAGUGCUGGGGGCGUAACUAGUCCAUGUUACAAAAGUGCAAAUAACUCUGGAUGUGCAGUGUUUCAAUCAAGCUGAAACACUGCACAGACAGAUUCCUUCAUCCAUGACCACUUCAAAACAUGGUAAUGGACGUUGGAGCAACCCUUUAAUCAUUCUCUGGAAAUUGGUUUAAUUUUAUCUAGGUAUGUGUAUCUCAAUUUACACUACUGCCAAUUUUAGGAGGGAUAUAGCAUUUGCUACCUCCUCUUGUGUUGAAUUCAGCAGUACUGGUAUUAAGUCAGUAGUAGUGACCACGUGUUAUUUCCUAUGGCUGUCUAUGCAAUAAUAAACUUUAGGACUGCACUGAAAUAAUUGCUUCACUGUAGGAUGAUUCGUGUGUAUGCAUCUUUAAUAAAAGCAAACCAUAGAGUGAUCAAAAGCAACAGCUGUAAUGAUAUAAUUCCAUAUUAAACAUCACAGUGAUCUAUGUUACAUUUCCAAUAUACUACUCAGACUACUUUCAGCCUGGCACAACUAGACACCAAUGUAGCCUUUAAGUUCAUUUCUCCUGUAAGAAAAACCCAAAGGUCCCAACGCAUUUCAAAUAGCUGUUACUUCGGCAAUUCCCGUCAACGCUCGAAAGAACGUUCUAAGCGCAUGUGAUCAUUGAGCUGCAGCCUCCCUUCCGCGCAUGCGCCGCCUUCUCCUGCCUGAGUCUGAAGGAUCACGUAGAGCGCUGGGACUGUAGGCUGAGAUUUAGAGGGGGUGGAGAGGAGAAGAAAGGGGUGUUAUAAAGUACGGGCCAGAGCCUGGGGCUCACACUCCGCUGGGACUGGGCACAGAGAUUCUUUACUUGAUGUGGAGAGGUGCUGGACUGAAUCUGCUCUGAUUAACACACAGGGAGGGAGGUGAGUGCUUCUAGUCCCUGCAGGAGACAUUCUCCUUCUCCCCAUGCGGGUUGCUAGGAAAACUUAGUUUGCAAGUUGCACCAAGUGCUUUUCAGCAGACUUAGUACUUAAUGAGUCUGCAGCUCUUUUAUUAGGUGCCCUUAAUUAACCGUGACCAGAAGCCUGCACCUUGAUAUAUAAUUUUUUGUUAUUGUUUUUCCUGCUUAAUCCAUAGCUUUGCAUUGAGGUGUACAUGUGUGUCUUGAAUAAAUCCUUAACCCCAAAUAAAACUAGAUUUUAUGUUAAAUCCGUUAUAUGUAAAUAUGUGUUCGUCAUGUUGAUACGACAUAACAUUGGCUUCAAAGUGUAAUUGUAAUUGUUCUGUUUUCUAGAGGAGUUUAUACAUGGCCAUCUUUCAUUAGUCCCCCCCUCCUUACUAUAGAGAAAAGCAGAUCAGAAUAAAACCUUUAUUUGAUUUUACCUGUCUGAAUUCUACCUGGUAUGUGUAAACUUGACUUCUCUUCUGUUGCUUUGUACUCCCAUAGUUUAACCUCUGGCACCUCUUUAACACCAAAAAGGUGACUAGUGUAUUCUUUCCUAUUGACCUCAUAUUUGCUUUCUUCUGAGGCAUUUCACUCAAGGAUUCUCAAGAGCAGCUCACUCCAAUAUUGGCUUUUCUUGACAUAAAUAUUUCCAGGAAAUGCUAAAUCUUUUUUUUUUUUUUUUUUCCCCUUCAUCCUAAUCUCUUAAAGUUGAGUGAAACAAUGUUAUUACAAGCUGUGUUUAAUAUUUGGUUAUUUACUAAGCAACAAGUUGUGGUGGUUUUUAUUUUUUCUAACUUGUGUGUGGGUACCCAUGGCACCAGACCGUUUAAUUCAUUAAACCCUUUUCAAAUCUGUUUAUUCUCUUUAAUAUUGAAUGGUACAGAAUACUUCUAAAUUUACCUGAGGGUGCACCAAUAAUAGUUUGAUUCAGUCUUAAUGGUUUGUAAUAAUAAAUGUUGAUAUUAAGGGUACUGGUUUAACAAACUUUUCAUAUUGGCAUUAUUUACCUUGCAAAACAUAGAAACAUAGAAUGUGACGGCAGAUAAGAACCAUUCGGCCCAUCUAGUCUGCCCAAUUUUCUAAAUACUUUCAUUAGUCCCUAGCCUUAUCUUAUAGUUAGGAUAGCCUUAUGCCUAUCCCACGCAUGUUUAAACUCCUUUACUGUGUUAACCUCUACCACUUCAGCUGGAAGGCUAUUCCAUGCAUCCACUACCCUCUCAGUAAAGUAAUACUUUGUGAAUGCAAAAGCAGUUACUCUGUGCUGUUAGUAAGAAUUCUAGUUCAAUACCAGAAGCAGUUCUUCUUUUUUUCCUCCGGAAGAUGGUUUAAUUUGAUAGAAAAUUCUAGCUGAAUCGUUACGUUUCUUCUGUGUGACUUAUAUGGAAAAAGGGGCAGUAUUUUUUUUUUUUUUUUGAGAGAUCAUGCUCAAUUUGCCAAGUGUUGGGAUGGAGGAAACCGAAAUCAGUGCUGAGGGGAUUGGGAGCUGACGUGCUCUGAAGGAGACCAACAAUGUCUGAAGCAAUUUUAUAUAGUUCUAUCCUCCUUCUGGAGAAUAGAGUAUGUGUGUGUGUAUGUCUGGGGGGAGAUUUGUCAGGAUGACAUUCCCCUGCUGGGGGAGGGGUAUAUAUACGUGGCAACACAUUCCAGCACCAACCUUUCAAAUUCAGGCCAAAAACUUCUUUAAACAAGCUGUUUCUGCUACUUUAUUUGCUUUUGCUCAAAUUUUUAGGAAAUGCUUCCCUUUUGGUACACAGCCCGUGUCCUUUUUUUCUUUUUUUUUUUUUCUUCUCAAUUAUUUCUCAAUACUCCAAUUGGUCUUAUGUCUCCAAAGGGGGCAGUGUGUUUUUCUUAAGUUGUGGUUUAUUGUCAAUUGUGUUAAUUAUUUAAUAGUAAACAAAUUACUUUUCGUAGUUUUAAUUUGAAGUUGAUAUCUGCUUAGCUAUUUUACUUUUUUUUUCUUCUUUUUUUUCCUUAAUGAAAAUGUAUUAAAUCCAGCUUUUACAACCCCAUUGGCGGAAAUAUAACGUUCCUUGUUCCCCUAUAAUGCUUUUUUUUUAUUUUUAUUAUUUAUCAAAAACUCAUUACUCAAAAUUAAUGUGAUGCUAACCUAUUGUGCGUGCUUUCUAUUUUUUUUUUUUUUUUUUAUUGCAAAACCAGUCUUGUGUAUGACUGAUACAUGCAGAAGUACCCUACUGGGUACAUAGCUGCAGUAGUAUUGAUCUUGAUAGUACAAAAAUGACCAGAUGAGAGCACUGGUUUCUGUGUCUCUAUUCUUUAUCACCUGAUUUUAUAUAAGAAUAAAAAGCAUUCUUAUUUAAGGAUUUCCGUGUGUGUGUGUGUGAACACUAAAUUCAUUUGCAGAUGUGUUCCUCAUCACUAGCCUGUUCACAUCAGAAAAAAUACUAUAAGGGGUGUGGUCAGAAUUUUGUAAGACCCCAGGUUUACGUGACUCCUGGAGCUGGGUUAAUGGCUUGCUUUACGUGUUCAUAUGCUGUACACGUGUAUAGUAGAUGGGUUGUGGGUGUUUUUAGUGUGACAAGAUCAUACCAGUCUAGUACAGUAAUAAAGAAAUAUGUUCUUUUCAUUGGUAAUCGGUGUGUUUGAAUAGAAUAGUCUUUAUUAUUAAUUUUAAAAAAUGUACACUACUCCUGUUCGCUUUUAACAUUUGAACAUUUUAAAAGCCUGAAAUUGGAUGAUUAACGCAGUCAUGGCUGAUGACAUGCCAGGCCUGCAUUGAUAACAUGAGGUUUGCCCAACCCUGCUCCUGAGUGGGUUAAUAGUGGCUUGAUUACUGUAACUCUUCCCAAGUGGAAUGAGCUAAUUUAAAAAAAAUAAAAAAUAAAAAUUAUUUUUAAUUUUUUUUAUUUUUUUAUUUUUUUAAAUCCGGAUAUGAUGCAUAGAUUAAGGUAUUUUAUAUGAAAGGUUUGAUAUGUUUAGAUUAAUAGUCCCAUUAGAGAAUUUUCUGUAAUCAUAUAAAAGUUCCAGAUGUUUUUGUGUAGUGAUACUUUGAAUCUUGUCAAGAGUUUAGAGAUUAACUGUAUGUAACUGUUUCAUUACUAGAUAAAUGAGCAAUGCAAGUGAUUAAAAGUUCAAUGUGGAUGAUGUAAGCAAAAGCUCUAUAAAGGGUUAUUCCAACCUCCAUGACCACUUCUUCUUUUUUUUCUCUUUAAACACUUCACAUAGAAACAUGCACUUGUGUGCCAGGGGGCUAGAUAUACCCCAGCACACGUGACUCUGGAAGCCUGGAAUUCUGUUCUGGACUGUCUGUCAAGGUUGGUGCAACAAAUACGUCUGUAGUUAGAACGCACUGACAACACAUAUAGUGAAUUUCUAUUCUUGCUCCCCUAUGAACCCCCCAUGAAGCCUACAUCAUCACACACUCUGGAAAUGCAGGUGGGAAAGGAGGGCACAAUUAUUCAUGUAGCGUUUUUUUGUUUUUUUUUGUAUCCCCUCCCUCUCUGGUUCAGAGCAUGUGUAUCUACUUUGAGUCUGGAGAUUGGUCCACUCAGUGGCUUCUCUAUGACCAUAGAGAAGAAAGGGGUGAUGCAGCGUUAUUACGGACAGGGCAUGGAAGAACCCUGCAAUCCUUUAUUUUUCAGGGGUUUGGUACUAAAAAAGGAGGGUGGAUAUAUAGUGCCCAACAUGGCAUAAGGUAUAAAGAUAUAUGUAUGAUUAAAACCAAAAAACUGGCGUAACUCUUUAAGGGGCACUUCAGACUGGUGUUUAGCCAUGUAUAUUUUUAUUUUUUUAUUCCUUUUUAAUUAUACAAUAUGUGUAUCAUUGAUAAUUGGGGGGGGGGAGGGGAAACAACUUCUAAUUGAACAUAUAAAGUUCCUGAGUUUUUUUAUAUGAGUGAGAACAAGCCCUUUAAACCUUGCAGAUAUAUACGGAAGUUGUUGUUAAAGAAUGACUAUCGCGCUAUAGUGUCCCUGUCCUUAGUCAGCAAUGGAUCCCCCAUUGUUUGCAAUAACAUCUGCUUCCUGCCCAUGUCCAAUCAAAUACUUCUCAUAGAGGAGGCCUAAUGCGCAUGUGCAGCGAGCGCAACACACACUCAAAUUUGCUCAUUGGAAAACAUUGUAUCAAUGCUUUUCUGUGGGGGCCUCUGCAGUUUUAGAGAAAUUGCAAUGUCUACAUUGUAGGUAAAGUCUGCCUCUAGUGUCUGUCUACCAAACUGCCACUAGGGGCACUUCCUGCUGCUUCAUAGAAAUGAACUCCAUAAAAAAAAACCGACACUGCACGUCCUCACACUUUGCAUGAGGACAUCCAGUAUCUUCGAAUCCCCCAUAGGAAAGUGGGGAGGGGGGGCAGAGGAGCACUAUAGUGUUAGCAAUACAGUUUUUUUGUAUUCGUAACACAAUUGUGUUUCUUUAAUAGUGUCUGAAUCUGGUAGCUUCCUCUCUGCAUGAGCCAGAGUACAUUCCAAGACUUCCUUGAAUCAAUCUGUGUUAGCCCUCGCUGUGCUCCCUGCUCAGUGAAGCAAUAAGGCCUUCUAGUCUUUCUGUGCAAGGGAUAAAUAACCAUUUUGUUCUUUGGACGGGGACAGCAGAAGAGUAUCCCUUUGAAAAUGUUCAUUUUGUUGUUCAUUUAUCACAGUGUUAAAUGAUAUCCAAUUUUUUUUUACUUUGACUUGCUGGCGAUAUUUUAGCAGGAGGGUAAAAAUGAGCAGAGAUCACAACACCUCUUUAGACAUUAUAAAUGUAGAAAUUAUGAUAUUGUAUUGCUGCUCUCUUCCCAUGCUUCACCACCACGCGAUCUGUAUGUUGUUGGUUAUAUCUAACAAUCCAUUGCCAACAUCAUCCAUCCUCUCCUGCUGUCCUUGUAUUUCUGUUUUAUUUUAUACUUUUAAUUCACACCUCCUGACCCGGUGUUGGUGGUGGUAGUAUACUUUUUAUCCUUUUUCCUUUAGUUUCCCUUUGUAGUGAUAGGAUAUCUUUACACUAUAGUGCUCAAGCUGCAGUUUGGAGUAAAGAAAAGAUGAAAAGGAUUUUUACUCACAUUUGGCGCUGUCGCCCGUGCAUCCUCCCACGUCGCUCUUAUAUACGAUUUAAAAAGACAGGACCGCAGCACCAAGACAACUUCAUUAAGCUGAAGUGAUCUGCAUGAUUUUAAAGGAAUGCUACCUUCUGGUACAACUAUAGUUUUCUUUUUCCCAGCACCGUUACACUGGUAAUAGGAGUAUUUUAAAUUUUUUUAAUACAAUCAAGGUAUCAUGCAACACUGCACAGACAGAUUGCUACCACCAUGACCACUUCUAAAAGCUUAAGUGGUCAUGGUGGUUGGAGAAACCAUUGGAAUGGGCAAGUAAUAGAUGAUGAAAAUUGGCCAAAAGAUCGAUGUCCUAGCGUAUAUGGGAACAGAAUAGGGGGUAACUCUCAGAGAAUAGAGAACAAAAAGAGAAAAGAAAAUCUGUUCCCAUUUCCAAUAUCGGGUACACACAAACAGUUAAAAAUCUAGAAGAUACUUUAUUAAUGAAUAAGAAACACCAAUCUGAAAAAAAAAAAACAGCAAUGGCUGCCUGACUAAACAAAAGUCAAUUUUGGCUGUCAAAGCAAAGAGCACGAAAAUAAAUAAAGGAUAAGAGAAGUAAAUAAAGAUUAACAUAAGCGAAUAAAACAAUAGAUUGAGUUUAUAAACGUUGCAUAUAGCGAUAAAAAUAGGUGACUAAAGUGGAAUUAAUGCAUAGAAGGUACUCCAACUAUGUAGCCUGAAUAGGCUUAUCGACAAUAUCGUUCAAUAUAAGUGUAUCUAUGUGUCAGAAAUAAGAUACAAUGCAAAGUAUCAGUGCAUUUCAGCUACAGGGCAUUCUUCUACAGUCAGUAUAAACUCAGUCUAGAUGUAAUUUGUAUCUAUGUGUCAGAGAUAAGAUACAAUACAAAGGAUCCCACUAAGUGGAACUGCAUAAUAUCGUUCAAUGUAAUUGUAUCUGUGUCAGAAAUAAGAUACAAUGCAAAGUAUCAGUGCAGUUCAGCUACAGGGGUUUCUUCUACAGUCAAAUAAAAACUCAGUCUAUAAUAGUAAUAGCGAAUGAACGUGUUAAAUUGCAAUCUCUACAAUAGUUCUUGUGUAAAUAUAUGAACAGAUAUUGCUAAGUGUAAGCCAUAUCAGCAUACUGAAUUCGUAUUAAAACGAUCAUAGGUAAAUCUGCUUGAUCGUAAAGGUUGAAAUACAGCGUUUUCUAAUACAUGCCCAAUAAUCUUGAUCAAAGAUCUAAAUGCUGGUAAUCAGGUGUAGACAAAAUAAAGACAGGUAAGAAUAGUGCCUUCAAGGGCACCCGGUAUAGGAUAGGCAAUGAAGAAACAGAGUGCUGAUGCUGGUAAGUAACGAAUUGAAGCAGUAAUAGAUGGAGAGAUACUGCACGUUCAAACACUAAUUGCUACUAAUACCCUGGUCGAUAUACGAGUCUGUUGUGUCCCAGGCGGUUGUUUGCCAUCUAAGUCCUGAAUAAAUAAUUAAUAAUGUCUGCUCUAAGGGGAAAAGAUGCCAAGGGACACGAAAGACGAAGCUUGGUAAUAUCAGUAAUGUCAGAUUGUCACGCCCCGACGCGUGUUUCGCCUAACUUCAAGGCUCAUCAGGGGGAACGGAUUUCCCGGUAUGCAGGGGUUUAAAAAGCCCGCCCUUGAGUCUGAUUGGUCACAUCUAGGCUCAAGGGAUAAGGGCAAGUACGGUGGCCGAAAUGGCUCAAACAAGUGAUGAUGAUGAUGAUGAUGAUAAUGUCCAUAAGUUUAAUAUGUGGUUACCGAAAAUUCAAUAACUGUGAAUAUAGAAAUACACAUAUGGGAAACAACUACGAGUUUUAUAUAAUAAUAUGAUACAAAAGGGGAGAGAAGUAGAGGAGGGAAAGACAUGGAAAAAGGAAACUUUCCCAUCUUUUUUUUAUCAAUCCAAAUAACCCAUAAAGGAAUGGGCUGAAAAGUGUCUGUAGACCAAUAAGUCGGUUAGAAUGUCCUUAUGAGAUAAAGUUUGUAAUUUAACAGUAAUAUACUAUAGUGUCAUAAUUACUGUCAUGUCAAGUCUGACAGGACAGUGUAAGCUUGUAAGAGAAAAUUGUUAAAGUAUAGUAUUAUUUGUCUUACAAUCGUGCCAAUUUAAGAAGUAGUCAAAUUAUAGUAAACAUUGAUACCACAAAUCUGUAUUAAUCAGAUCCUAGAAAGAUUGUGAAAAAAUUCUUUAAAUGAUGAUUCUAUAUGAGUAUCAAUUUACUUGUGUAUAAAUGGUGUAUAGUUAGCUCCUUCAGGUCUUAACAAGGAAUUUAAGGUCUUAAACGAGAAUAUCCACUGUGAUUCUUUUCUGAGCAAGGUUUUAUUAAAGUCACCUUUCCUCGGGUUUGGUAGCAAAUUUCUGGUACUGCCAUGGGGACGGCCUGUGCACCCACUUAUGCCAACCUGUUCUUGGCGUGGUGGGAGCAACAUGUCGUCAUGACACCUAGAUACAGCUGCUUUCAAGAAUACAUCCUAAGCUGGCAUAGAUAUAUUGACGACAUGUUGCUCCUUUGGACAGGGUCCAUCCCCAUGUUUGAGGAUUUCGUCAAAGCCCUCAACGAUAAUGACUUCAACUUAAAACUAACACACGUGAUAGAUGAACAUGAAUUGAUAUUUUUAGACCUGAAAAUUUUGCUGGAACAGGAUGGAACUAUUCAAACAGAACUGUUUAAAAAGGCAACAUCAGCCAACAUUCUGUUACAUUGGGAGAGUCAUCAUCCCUGUAGAUUAAAAGCUUCCAUCCCUUUCAGCCAGUACUUGAGGGCUAGACGAAAUUGCUCGAUAGACCAAACAUUCUACAAUGAAUGUAAAGUACUGAAAUCCCGAUUCAGGGAACUAGGGUACCCCAACCGUGUCCUAAAACGUGCCUUUCAUCGGGUAUGUAGUAUUGAUAGAAACACCAGCCUCCAUUUUUCUAAACCAAAACAAGUUUGUAAGGCCCCACGAUGCAUUGUGACAUUUGAUCAGGGCUGGGGGCCUAUGUUGCAAGUCCUCAAGAAAAACUGGCCAAUACUUCUACAUAACCCAGAACUCCAAAAUGUUACCAGAGUACCCACCUUUAACAGCACGGAGACCAAUCAGUCUACAAGACCAACUUGUUCACAGCCAUUUGGCAUCCCCCUUACCACCAACCAAUUGGCUAAGGGGACUUAUAAGUGUGGGCACUGUAAGGCCUGCCAACACAUUUUGCCCUCAAAAUUUACCACAUCCACCCAAACCCAGAUUAGGAUUGAGGCUAAUGCCUUAGUUAACUGUAGUUCUACACAAGUGAUUUAUUUGAUCACUAGUAGUUGUGGAACUCAAUAUAUUGGCAAAACUUUUCAGCAGUUCAGACGCAGGAUUUUGCAACACGUAACAUCUGUCAACAAUACUGUCACUCCCACUCCGGUUGCAAGACAUAUUCUCAAUUUCCACGAUGGGAAUCCUGACAAUCUGAGGUUCCAGGCAAUUGAGAAAUUGCUACCAAACCCGAGGAAAGGUGACUUUAAUAAAACCUUGCUCAGAAAAGAAUCACAGUGGAUUUUCUCGUUCAAGACAUUAGCUCCUUCAGGUCUUAACGAGGAAUUUAACUAUACACCAUUUAUACACAAGUAAAUUCAUACCCAUAUAGAAUCAUCAGUUAAAGAAUUUUUUUCACAAUCUUUCUAGGAUCUGAUUAAUACAGAUUUGUGGUAUCAAUUUUUAUUAUAAUUUGACUACUUCUUAAAUUGGCACGAUUGUAAGACAAAUACUAUACUUUAACAAUUUUCUCUUACAAGCUUACACUGUUCUGUCAGACUUGACAUAACAUUAAUUAUGACACUAUAGUAUAUUACUGUUAAAUUACAAACUUUAUCUCAUAAGGACAUUCUAACCGACUUAUUGGUCUACAGACACUUUUCAGCCCAUUCCUUUAUUGGUUAUUUGGAUUAUAUCGCUAAUGUGGUUAUUUGGAUUGAUAAAAAAAAGAUGGGAAAGUUUCCUUUUUCCAUGUCUUUCCCUCCUCUACUUCUCUCCCCUUUUGUAUCAUAUUAUUAUAUAAAACUCUUAGUUGAUUCCCAUAUGUGUAUUUCUAUAUUCACAGUUAUUGAAUUUUCGGUAACCACAUAUUAAACUUAUGGACAUUAUCAUCAUCAUUAUCACUUGUUUGAGCCAUUUCGGCCACCGUACUUGCCCUUAUCCCUUGAGCCUAGAUGUGACCAAUCAGACUCAAGGGCGGGCUUAUUAAACCCCUGAAUACCGGGAAAUCCGUUCCCCCUGAUGAGCCUUGAAGUUAGGCGAAACGCGCAUGGGGCCCGACAAUCUGACAUUACUGAUAUUACCAAGCUUCGUCUUUCGUGUCCCUUGGCAUCUUUUCCCCUUAGAGCGGACAUUAUUAAUUAUUUAUUCAGGACUUAGAUGGCAAACAACCGCCUGGGACACAACAGACUUGUAUAUCGACCAGGGUAUUAGUAGCAAUUAGUGUUUGAACGUGCAGUAUCUCUCCAUCUAUUGCUUCAGUUCGUUACUUACCAGCAUCAGCACUCUGUUUCUUCAUUGCCUAUCCUAUACCGGGUGCCCAUGAAGGCACUAUUCUUACCUGUCUUUAUUUUGUCUACACCUGAUUACCAGCAUUUAGAUCUUUGAUCAAGAUUAGGCAUGUAUUAGAAAACGCUGUAUUUCAACCUCCAUGAUCAAGCAGAUUUACCUAUGAUCGUUUUAAUACGAAUUCAGUAUGCUGAUAUGGCUUACACUUAGCAAUAUCUGUUCAUAUAUUUACACAAGAACUAUUGUAGAGAUUGCAAUUGAACACGUUCAUUCGCUAUUACUAUUACAGACUGAGUUUUUUUAUUUGACUGUAGAAGAAUCCCCUGUAGCUGAACUGCACUGAUACUUUGCAUUGUAUCUUAUUUCUGACACAGAUACAAUUACAUUGAACGAUAUUAUGCAGUUCCACUUAGUGGGAUCCUUUGUAUUGCAUCUUAUCUCUGACACAUAGAUACAAAUUAUAUCUAGACUGAGUUUAUACUGACUGUAGAAGAAUGCCCUGUAGCUGAAAUUCACUGAUACUUUCUAUUGUAUCUUAUUUCUGACACAUAGAUACAAUAUUGUGCAGUUCCACUUAGUGGGAUCCUCUGUAUUGUAUCUUAUUUCUGACACUUAGACACAAUUAUAUCUAAUGAUAUUGUGCAGCUCCACCUAGUGGGAUCCUUUUCGAUAAGCCUAUUCAGGCUAUAUAGUUGGAGUACCUUCUAUGCAUUAAUUCCACUUUAGUCACCUAUUUUUAUCGCUAUAUGCGACGUUUAUAAACUCAAUCCAUUGUUUUAUUUGCUUAUGUUAAUCUUUAUUUACUUCUCUUAUCCUUUAUUUAUUUUCGUGCUCUUUUCUUUGACUGCCGAAAUUGACUUUCGUUUAGUCAGGCAGCCAUUGCUGGGUUUUGUUUUUUUCAGAUUGGUGUUUCUUCAUUAAUAAAGUAUCUUGUAGAUUUUUAACUGUUUGUGUGUACCCGAUAUUGGUAGUGGGAACAGAUUCUCUUUUUGUUCUCCAUUGGAAUGGGCACUGCACUGCAGGAAAAACAAACAACCAAAAUCACUAUUUAGUAGAUAUACCCCAAUGAAAACAUACAUGCAAUAUAUUUUUUUCAUAUUGGUGUUACAUCUAAAAACAGCUUGCAAAAUUAGAAAAUCUCUUUUCUGCAGUCUUUGUAAGUCAUCAAUUUAUUCCCCAUCUGUGGCUGUCUAAUUACAGACUUCCCAAUGCAGCUCAAUGAGAAGUGUUUGCAAGGCAGGCAUUCUGGGCAAAUGCAUUCCCAGGGAUCGGUUAAUUUAUAAAAGUGCCAGUUUCUAUUGAAAGCUGCACUUAUUGUAAAAUGGAGAUCGGGUUAGGACAUACUUCAUAUAUAAAGCCCUUCAGUAACCUAAAUUGCUUUAGGGAUCUGGAGUGUCCCUUUUAAAGGAACACUCUGGUGUCAGAAAUAAAAUGUGUUAACACUUUUUAGGUGGCCAUCCCAACUUGUCUCUUUAAAAAAAAAAAAAAACCUUGUAAAACUACGCUUUUAUUCCAGCGUCGCGGGUCUAUAGGCGCUGGCUCCACCCCUGAUCUGAGUCAAUUCUGAUGAUCUCAGCCAAGGAGGAGCCAAACAUCAUGCCGACCAAUCAGCAUUUCUUCAUAGAAAUGCAGUGAGUCAAUGCAUCUUAAUGAGAAAAUGUCAGUCUCUCCAUGCAGAGCGUGGAGGCGCUGAUCCUCAGUACUGCAGGUUGGGCAGCACUGACCCAGGAAACACCCCUAGUGGCUGUCUAAGUGACCGUUACUGGAGGUAUCCCUAGACAGCAUGUUUGAAAAGAACAUGUUUAUAUUAAAAUGCCUGCAGGGACUGAUAAUACAUUAAAGGAUCACAAUAGGGUCAAGAACACAAACAUGUAUUCCUGACCCUAUAGUGAAAACCCACCAUUUAGGUGGCUUGCCCCCUCAGAAUGGGUUAAAACUCACCUUAUUUCCAGCUCUCCACGGGUCCGCCGGUGCUGGCCCCGCCCCCUUGGUGACAUAAUCAACAGUGCCGAUUUUUAGCCAAUCCAAUGCAUGGGGGCGGGGCCAAACAAUGUUUGGCCAAUCAGCACCUCCUCAUAGAGAUGCAUUGAAUCAAUGCAUCUCUAUGAGGAAAAUUCAGCAACGGCAGGGCUGCUUACUGAGCCAGGAAGCCCCUCCAGUGGCCAUCUGAGGAGUGGCUACUUGGAGGUGUCCCUAGGGGCAAUGUAGACACUGCUGUUUCUCUGAAAAGGCAGUGUUUACAUGAAUAUGCCUGAAGGCAAUGAUUAUACUCACCAGAACAACUAUAUUAAGCUGUAGCUGUUCUGGUGGCUAUAGUGUCCCUUCAACUCCUUUUUUUAUUUAAAAAAAGAUUUUUUUGCUUUGGAAAUAAAAGAAAUGCAAAGUGUGUGUGUGUAUGUAUGUGUAAUAUAUAUAGUUAUAUAUAAUGUGUAUUGUAUUAUAUAUAUAUAUAUAUAUAUAUAUAUAUAUAUAUAUAUAUAUAGUGUGUGUAUAUAUUGAUAUAACAUAAUUUUGCUGUCUACAGAAAUAGAUUUGAGGUGAACUGAUAAAUAAAGCGGCAAUAUUUUCCACCGUAUAAAUGUAUUAUUAAUGGCUUUAAUGCUCCAGUCCAUGGCUUCAUACGUCCCAUUCCUUUUGUAUUAAUGUGAUGUUGCUCAGUUAACUGGAUCAUAGAAUUAGCUAUGACCACUAUUGAUAAAUAAUUUUGUGUUUGUACAUGUUCAGAAUCUAUAGAAGAUUGAAACAUUCAUUGUGAAUAUACAUUUCCAGCUGUAUAACAAAAUCCAUAAAAUAUCUUUCAUAUUGCAUUCACCGAUAAUUUUUGUUGAACAUCCAGAAGCGUUGCAAAUUUAAUAGUCUUCAAGAAUUCCUGCCAAUAAUGCAGUGCUAAACACACAAAUAUUUUUCUACCCAAUACACGUUUACCAUGCAUACAAAUCGUGCUGCAACAAUUAUGCAAUUUAAUAUCCAGUCGCUUACAGUGUUGAUAAUCUGCAUGUUCUACACUGACUAUUAAAGGAACACUAACAUUAAAUAUAGGUAUAUUUACUAUUAAUGUUUCAGUGUUCCUGUUACUGUUUCGAUUACUACCCACUGUUAAGGUUUUUUUAUGGGGUGGGGGGAGGGGGUUAUUUAAUCUGUCAAAUUUAUUUUUAAUCCAGCAACAGGUUUUUCUGCUCUCCGCAGAUGUCCUCUCAUGACAUCAUUAGUUAUAACUUUUGUAUAUCUUUUGCUACAUUAUAAAUGUUUGGCGGCAUCAUGCGGAGCGUGAUGACACUCAAGUGAAGCCCUCCUGUUUUCGAAGUUCAUGAAUUGUUACUCCAGGCAUCAUAAGGUUUGAAGUGGUUAAGGUGCUUUGGAGGCUGUCGAUGAGAAAUUAAGCAUUUAGAGGCACUUUGCUGCCAAUUGCAGCAUCUGUCAGCAGCACGCAUAGCAUGCUGGUGACAGAUGCCCCAUGGCAGUACAGUCCUCCUAUCCACCCAUCCUUAGUGACAUCCGUUAAGUGAGGGCGAGUUAUGUCCUCAGAGAAAUAUUGGGCUGCAGGGAGAACUUGGUCCAACACUAAAUUGCAGGUGUUUUAUUUUUAAGAGAGUGUGGAACAAUGGCGGCAAGACUUACAACAGAUAACUGUUUUACCAGGGCACUGUUUUUAGAUUGGUGUGACCCUUUAAGGAGGAAUGGCCUGUCAGUAUGAACAGCUUCAGUCAAAUGUAAACACUACUGCAGAGGCCAGAGGCACGUGCAUAUUCAAACCUGCCCAUAGGAAAGCAUUACUCAAUGGGGAUAUUUUUUGACACUGGACUCCGUGAGGACAUCCAGCGUCAAAUAAGUGCGAGUUACUCUGUGUAAAUCACGGAAGCGCCUCUAGCGGCUGUCGGGAAGACAGCCACUAGAGCAGGCAUAGGCAACCUUCGGCACUGCAGAUGUUUUGGACUACACCUCCCAUGAUGCUUUGCCAGCAUUACGGGGGAUGUAGUCCACAACAUCUGGAGUGCCGAAGGUUGCCUAUCCCUGCACUAGAGGCUGGAUUAUCCCUGCAGUGUAAACAUAGCAGUUUCUCUGAAACUGCUGUUUUUAGCUGCACGGUUAAAACUAGGGGGACCUAGCACCCAGACCACUUAAUUGAGCUGAAGUGGUCUGGGUGCUUAUAGUGGUCCUUUAAGAUUAAAUGUUUUGUGCUUGGAGGGUCUCCAUAGAUAUGCUCUGUGCAUGUUCACAAUAAAGUGACCUUGUUUAGCCAAUAUAUGAUCUUGAUUUCUAUUUUUAAAACAAACAAACAAAAAAAUAAACUACAACUCUUACAUUUUCUACACUUGUUUCUAGUAUUCCUCCAGUAUCUUUCAACUGACAUGACAUGUCAUCUGAGUUUACUGCCGUGGUGUCAUAUGUACAUAAGGUAUUGUGCUAAAUUCCUUAUUGAGCUGUAGGUGCUGGUCACAAACAGUUGUGAACAAGUGGGCAGUUGGAACAAGGAGUGUCUUGUUACAAAGUAUUGGAACAUUUUGCCAUAAUAUGUUUAACAAUGUUACCAGAGUUGCAUCACUGGUGCAGCCUGUUUUUGCAUCUUCAUGUUAAACAUUUGCUCUCACAAACUUGAAUGGUCCAGAAAUAUACUCCUUACUUUCUAUGGUGUCUUAGUUUAGUCCUGAACAGCUCAUUCUGCAAAGAACAAAAGUAGAUUGAGAAAUGAUCCUGUUAUUCUGCUAACUAUUUGGUUUCUGUGAUUGAUAAGUAGCUAAUCUUUUUAAUGGGUUACUACAUGGUUAUUGUGAAUGCUCUGGCAGCUCAGCAGCUCUGCUUAUCAGUCUCCGUGUUGAUUAUUGUGAGUAGUCACACUUCUUGCUUGCGGCAGAUGUCCGAAGUGUCCUUGUUGAGACUCUAAGCACAAUUGCCAUGCUUGAAGAGGUCAAGUACUCCUCUUAAUUAAAUUAUUCAGAUGUGGCUAAUUAGUCACAUGCGGUGCGGUGUCACUGGUGAUUUCACUGUCUGCUGUUCCACCGUUCUGGGUAGCAUUGAUACUGCAGCUGUACUAUAUAUCCCAUAAUGUCCAUCCAGCCUAAAGUGUGAGUAUAGCUGGUAAUCCCCUGAGGUUUUAGGGCGCAGUCUUACCUUUUUAAAGGGAACCUAUAGGGAAAAUGAGUUCUUACCCUCCUCGUGGUGUAGAAGGGGUUAAAAACCUUUUCUGUGACUUAACUGAGUCCAUCACUGAUGACCCUCGGUGCUGGCUCAGUCUGCCUCCGCUUCUCCCCCACCAGUGUCAGCCGGCAGGGGUGACCAAAUGCAUGUGCGUGUCAAUAGCCGCACUCGUAUUAGGAAUUCCCCCAUAGGAAAGAUUUAGACAAUGCUUUUCUAUGGAGUUUCUGGUGAAGCUGGAUGUCAUCAUGCACAGCGCAAGGACAUCCAGCAUCAGUUAGGCGACCCAGAAGUCACCUAGUGGCUGUCUGGUAGACCGCCACAAGAGGUGGUGUUAACCCUCAAAGGUAACUAUUGUUUCUCUGGCUCUGCUUCUUCUCCCCAACUCCUCUCUGUUGGUGUCCCCCAGGGUUCAGUUCUUGGUCCCCUACUGUUCUCAAUCUAUAUUGCCUCCUUUGGUAAACUCAUUAGCUCCUUUGGCUUCCAAUGUAAUUUCUAUGCAGAUGACACGCACAUCUCUGUCCUCUCCAGAUCUCUCCCCGUCCCUCUUGACUAGUGUCUCUGACAGCCUUUCUGCUAUUUCUAACUGGAUUGCUGCCCACUUCCUUAAAGUCAACUUGACCAAAAGUGAAAUUUUGUUCUUUCCUGCCUCAAGUGUUGCUACACCUGUGUCUGUCUCCCUCCAAGUCUACAGUGCUGCCAUCAGCUCCACCACACAUGUUCAGUCUAUUGCCAAAUCCUGCUGUUUCCAUAUCAAAAAUAUUGCGCGCUUCCACGUCAGAUGCGACUAAGGUGCUGGUCCAUUCCACUGUCCUUUCUCGCCUUGACUACUGUAAUCCGCUUCUCAGUGGUCUUACAUGUUCCCAACUUGCACUGUUACAGCCAAAAAAGAAUGCAGUGAUGAGGCUCAUCUUCCUGUCCAACCGCACCUCAAACCGCCUCACCCUUCUGUCAGUCCCUGCAUUGGCUUCCUGGACGAUAUAGGGCUAAAUUUAAAAUUCUGGUUCUUGCUUUCAAAUCUCUACAUAAUACUGCUCCCACCUAUCUAUCCUCCCUAAUACACAAGUAUGUCCCGUCUAGGCCCUUGCUCUCUGCUGAAGAAGCCUUGCCUGGUUACAACUACAUGUUUGUUCAUCCACCAACUGUAAAGCGCUGCAGAAUUUGUUGGCGCUAAAUAAAUAAUAACAUAAUAAUUGCCGUUUAUUGAACACUGCAAUACUGUAAUUCUCUUUGCUUGGUUAAGGGACCUGGAAUAUGCACCCAGACCACUUCAAUGAACUGAAGUGGUCUGGGUGCAUGUUGUGUCCCUUUAAGUGUUAAACCACUUUAAUGCUAAAGAUGUGUCCCCACCAUCACAGUUCUAGCUCCUUUCUGUUCAGAAGGAAACAAAUCUUAAUGUAAUUUCACUCCAUUUCUAUUAAAACGUUCUGGUUUGAGGAUUGGAUUCUUUUACAGUUUUCAAAUGUUAAUUGAGGUUUGUCAGACAGCAGUAAUUUAUGGUUGGUUUGUUUUCCCUUAGCAAAACUUAGAUGUAAGCAGUUGUACAGAUUUUUGUGAACAUCAGUAAAGGAAGGGAAAAGGCAUGUUGUAUGCGAACAAUUGGAAUUUUCUUUUUCAGAGUGGAGCUUCACCCUUGGCAGAUUGUUCAGUAUCUGAAUAAAUAAAGCCUCAAGCUCAUUGUUCCCUGCGUAUAUUUCAGGCAAUAAUGCAGAAUAGAUAAUGUCUAGAUUCUUGAUACUGUUUGAGAGAUUGUGGAUUGGCUUUUUUUCCCCUUUGAAGUAAAAUGCUUUCUAAUAUUUUGAAUUGUAUGAAAGAAAUACUCUGUGCACCAGAACAACUUAAUCUAUAGCACCAAGAGUCCCCUGGUGCAGUCUUACUGGCUGUUCAUUGUAAGGAAAUCUAUGUAUGUUCUAGCUAGCAUUUACUCACAGUGGGUAACUAGUAAUAGGCUGAGAGCAUCACUGCUGCAGUCUCACUGCUCACACUGCUGUUUCCACAGCCCAAACGGAACAGGAAAGCGAGAACCUGGGGACACAUCUUUAGUAUUAGAGUGGUUUAACACUUAAAGGUAAAGGUCUUCACCGUAAGAUUCCAUGCACCAUAGCACCGUCAUCUACAUUGUUACGACUACAGGAGGAUUCCUUCAUUUUGUAGUUCUUUCUAGUUAAGCUCAUUUUUUUUUAAAUUUAUUUAUUUUAACAAGCUGAUAGAAAUGUUCCACUAACACAGAGAGCAAUAUCACACAAAACCCAGACAGGAUGAGUGGCCACUAGUGAGAUGCUAAGAGAAAUGGGAGUAGGAUAUAAAGCCCUAAAAUGCAGCCCGGUACUUUGGUAAAACAGUUCCUACGAGAGACCCUACUGCUCACUCAUACCCCCGGUACAGCUGGCAAAGAUUGUUUGAGAAAAGGCCCACCUCUCUACCAUAUCCAGCUUAGUCCGCAUCACCAACCCCAGAGCGAUCUACAAGCCAACAUCUGAUGCCCUCGGAUCUGGUCCUCCAAUGAACUGUGAUCGGUGUCCACAGUGAGGCUCACAUCGCCGUCCCAGUGUCAGCUGCAAUGGAGAGAUCAGCUCCACUGAGCUUAAGACAUGGGUAAGUGAUAAGUGGCUGAUAGACACACGUGCUGUGUGUGUGCCGGAUGAUGAGGCAGGAAGCCUUUACAGACUCUCUGGGACUUUGUGGCGAAACUGCUAGGGUUGUUGUUGUUGUUAUAGGGUUGCAAUGAAACCUCACGAUAGGCCCUCCUGUGGAUCUUGUAGUGGAGUCUGCCUUGCGGGAGCCUCUGCAGCAGCCAUCUUCGAUUCCGAGAUGUUGGAGUACUCCUAGUAGGCCCCACUGUAUGCCUCUGGCAUUGGGGGGGUGGGGGCUUGUGAGAAGUGUGAGUCAUUGUGUUGCAGCCAGUUAAGUAUACAUGAUGGCGGACAGCCGUCCCGCUCACUGCUCAAUUCACUUCCAUUUAGGAGUUAAAUCACUUUUGUUUCUGUUUAUGCAGCAGUAGCCACACCUCUCCUGGCUGUGACAGCCUGCAUGAUAGCAAAAUGGUUUCCUUUUUUAAUUUGACCAUUUCUAUUGAUUUUUACAGAAUUGACACAAAAUGAAUAUAGCAAAACACAAUUGGCUGUCAUACAUAUGAUGGGAAUAGGACACAUCAUGCCUUAUAGAAGUUGGACAGUAACAAUUGUGUGUCCUCCCACAAACAUGGGAAGGAUCUCAAGACGUAUUUUGUUACACAUUAAAACGUGUCAUUGUUACAACAAUGUGAUGGUGGGUGAGUAUGGUUUCUUUUUCAAUCAGAUGUAACUUUAAAAGUUUGUAUCUCCUGCUCUGUAAAUUUAACUUUAAUUGCAUACUGUGGGGUCUAGCAAGAUAUUAACAGAGCAGAAGAUAAGAAAUUCUAAAUCAAACAGUUUGCAAUAAAGGAAGUGUAAACAUUAGAUGACUUUACAGGAAGUGUUUAUGAAGCUAGUGCAAGUCACAUACAGGGAGGUGUGACUAUGGCUGUAUAAACAAAGUGAUUUAACUCCAAGUUGCAGUGAAUUGAGCAGUGAGAAUGCAUGGGCAUGAUCUAUACACCAAAACUGCUUCUUUAAGCUAAAUCAGUUUUGAUGACUAGUGUGUCCCUUGAAGUGCUUUGUUUGAAGUGUGGCUCAGAGCACCUGCCUAACAAAGACUUCUCAUUGAGCUGCAUUGGAAAGUCUGUAAUUGGACAGCCACAAAGUGUGGGCUGAGGAAGCAAGAGGACGACUUUGCAAAUGCUACAUACAACAAAUUUAUUAUUAUUUGUAUAGCGCCAGCAAAUUCCGUAGCACUGUACAAGGAGAUAUAUAUAAAAGACCUACUCACACAAGUUAAUAGUCUAGCUAAAAAAUGAAAUUAAAUAAUAAAAAUAAUAUUAAAAUAAUAAAAAUGCCCUCCUCCCACCCAGUUUACACACACUCUGCAUUCACACAAACACACACUCUGCAUUUUAUAUAUAUAUAUAUAUAUAUAUAUAUAUAUAUAUAUAUAUAUACACACACACACACAGUGUGUGUGUGUGCAUAUAAUAACACACACUCUGCAUUAUAUACACACACACACACUCAUACAAACACACACACUGCACUCAUUAUAUACACACUGCAUUAAUUAUAUACACACUGCAUUAAUACAAACACACACUGCACUCAUUAUAUACACACUGCAUUAAUACAAACACACACUGCAUUCAUUAUAUACACACACUGCAUUCACACAAACACACACAUUCUGCAUUCAUUAUAUAUACACACACACACACUUUGCAUUCAUUAUAUACACACACUGUAAAUAAAAAUUCAGAUAAUGUAAUUUUAUUGGGAUCUAAUUUUAUUUAGAAAUUUACCAGUAGCUGCUGCAUUUCCCACUCUAGGCUUAUGCUCGAGUCAAUAAGUUUUCCCAGUUUUUUUGUGCUAAAAUUAGGUGCCUCUGCUUAUAUUCAGGUCGACUUAUACUAGAGUAUAUACGGUAUAUAUAUCUGCAGUGUUUGAAAGCUGUUUUUAAAUAUGUACUCUCAAAAGAAAAAAAAUGACUAAUUGCAUGCAUGCAUGUUUUCACUCCCCUCCCCACCCCAUAUUUAAAGGAAGAACUGAGCAAGAUUUGUUCACUUAACCAAAUUGAAUUGUGAUGCUUUUUGACAGCCAAAUAGUCUGCCACAACUCUUGUCAGUUUAUGGGCUGUCUUCCCUAGCACUUACUUAGCGAUGUUAGAUUGCAGCCAUGGGCUAGACUCUGUUAACUUGUGUCAGUAGGUCUUUUAUAUAUAGUGUCUGUCACCUCAGGUUACUGUAUGUUGACUGCUGGCAUUUUAUUAAAAUUCAGACAUACUCAAAAUCGUUCAUAAUAUAAAGAUAGCUUUGUCUUAUGGGCAAAGUCCAGUUUGCAUAAAGGGAGCAGAUCUUUUGCUGUGAAUUCCCACAGUCAUCAGCAGCUACAAGUUGAUCUAUGGAGGACCCUGAGUUAUUGACCCAUCUGAAGAUGAGCGCCAGGAGCUAAAAACAAUCAUUAUCUUUAUCUUUAAACAAUGAUUGAAUGUACACCCCCAAGUACCAUAACCACAAUUGUACACUUUAGUGGUUAUGGUGCCAAGAGUGUGCUGGCAGUCCCUGAAGUAAGUAGUUGUAGAACAGUUUGGCUUCUUAACUGGAGUCCAAAGGGCUCUGUUCCCUGUCUCCACUACAUCAGCCAGAGAGCCAGAAGCUCUCUGAGCUCAGCCCAGUGGUGCAGACCUUGGUUGAUUGUCUGAGACCUAUCAGCUGACUGUUUCAGCCAAUGAGCUAGCUCCUGCACUUCAGGGUUUAGCUCAGAAUAGCAAACGUAAGCUUCUCAGCAGAAACCUCUGGCUCUUUGGCUGAUCUACUAGGUAGGAAGUCAAACCAACCUUGGGGGGGUGUUGGGGUGGAGGGGGAGGGGUGCCAGGGCACUCAUACCAACACAGCUACUACAUAGUUAUAUAGUGGUUGAAUUGCUCCUUCAAAGUUUGUGUGGGUAGGUGGGAUGUAUCUUGCAACAAAGAAAAAAAUUGUUGCAUAAAUGCUAAAUGAAUGAUUAAUGCACCAAACUAACCGCUGUGGGCUCUACAUAAAAGGACAAUAGCGUGCAUAUGUUGACAAUAGCGCGCAUGUUGCACUAGGAAUUCUAGAAUUUCUCCUUUAUGUAGUCUGUGUUCAUAUGCAGUUCUCCUAGUCUCUCAACCUGUUUUAAUCAUCUGUCCCAACAGUCUUAGAACUUUUAACCUAGAAUGUGAUUGACAGGCCAUGUUUACGGGGCAGUACAUAGGAACAUUCUCUCUUGCUUGGUGAAGUGAAUAGCAAAAAUUAUUUUUAUUUUUUAGAACUGCCAAAGCUAGAGCAUCUGACAACCUUAUAUCUCCAUUCUUUUCAGUGCAUAUGAAUAGUUUAAAAUGUAUGUUGCAGAACUGGGACUAUGUUCUGUUUUGCAGCAUACAAUGUUCACUUGACUGGUCGGCGUGCUGCCUUACACUAUUUCACACUUAAUUGAAGAGCGGAUUAGUGAUGAUUCAUUGCCUUAAAAUUGCUUUUUAUUCAUUUCUCUCCCAAAGAUCAAAUGACCUUGGUGACUUACUUCAGCUGUGUUUGAUCUGUAAUGAAAGGAAGUUUUGGUUUUCAAUUCUGGAGAAGAGCAAACAGUGAGGUGUGUUGAUCACUACUAGCUGUACAGUGUAGAAUAGGCAAGCACCAUUUUAUUUUCCAUCUCAUCAUGAAGUAAUUCUAUAUGCAUUGUGCAAUCCACUGUAAAGAUUACAAGUUGAUCCAUCACGCAGAACUGUGUCACACCUAGGACAAAGGAUAACGUAUAACCGGACCUUAGAAUGGCCGGACUUAACGUAUCCAAGAAUAGUCCAAAUACUUGCCGAGGUCAGGAACAUAGAAUCAGACACAACGAUGAGGGAAAGCCAAAAGUCAAGGAUACCAGAAUUCAGGGAAGUCAAAACGAAGUCAAAUUCAAAUACCAGAAAAUCAAGAUCACAACGCACUCUCAGAUUACCAUCAGGUUAAAACCACGACAGGGCAAUGAACAAAAGGAGAAUUGGGUUUAAAUACCCCUCUUGUGGAUCCGAUUGGCCGUAACCAGCCUUUGACCCCAAAAGCAAUUACCAGGUUUCCAUGCUCAGCACAAACCCUCCUGUGGAUCUGAUUGGCCAUGACCGGCCUUUGACCCCAAAAGAAACAUGGCGUGAAUUUUUUUUAUUUUUUUAUUUAUUUUUUUACGGCCAGCAUGGAUAUCAGAAGCCGAAACCCAAGAAAGGUCAGCAGGCCCAUACUCCCUCUAAUCAACCAAAUAAUGAAAUCAAUGAUGGAGGAGACUUCAUACUCCUCCUGUCCAGAAACAACCAAAGGAGGAGGGGGAACAACCGGACUUGUGUACCGAUUGCAAACAAGUGGUUUGAGCAAGGACACAUGAAAAGUAUUAGGUAUACAUAAGGACGCUGGAAGGGCCAGAGAAUAAGAAACCGGGUUGAUUCUCCUAACCACACGAAAAGGACCAAGGAAACUCGGAGCAAACUUCAUGCUGGGAACCUUCAACUUGAUGUUGCUUGAGGAUAACCCCGAUCGCCCACCUGGCAAAUUGGAUUGGCACUCUGCUGUUUAUCCUCAUGAAACUUAAAGCGAGCAGCUGCAGUUUCAAGAGCAGAGUGAACCUUAGUCCAGGGAUCACGAAUAGAGGUAAGGUGAUCAUCCAGAGUAGGGAUAGCCGUAUCCGAAAACAUAGCAGGAAGAACAGCAGGAUGAUGACCUGUAUUGACAAAAAACGGACUAUGCCCAGAUGAGUUAUGGGUAGCGUUAUUCCUUGCAAAUUUGGCCCAGGGCAAUAAAGCAGCCCAGUUAGCCUAUGUACUAUUCACAAAGCAACGUAAAUACAGCUCAAGUGAUUGGUUAGCUCUUUCAGCCGUACCAUUAGUUUUGGGAUGGUAAGCAGAGGAAAAUGACAAUUCAGUGCCCAACUGUUUAUUGAAUGCCCUUCCGAACCUCGACACAAAUUGGGAACCUCUGUCAGACACAAUAUUUUGAGAAAUACCAUGUAUCCUGACAAUAUCGCGUAUAAAUAUGUGCACCAGGUCCUGAGACCAUGGCACUUUUUUAAGUGGAGUAAAGUGUGCCAUUUUGGGAAAACUGUCAACACCAUGAGGAUGGUUGUAUGCCCAUUGGAACUAGGCAGUUCAGCAAUGAAAUCCUUCGAUAAAUGAGACCAUGGGAUACUGGGUAUAGGAAGUGGCUGUAACAAUCCACACGGAAGUUUAUGAGGAACCUUCGAAACUGCACAGACAGAGCAGGCUUCUACAUAAUCUUUAAUAUUCCUCCUGAGUGCCUCCCACCAAAAUGACCUGGAAAUGGUGGAUACAGUUUUAAUGGUGGAUACCUUUCAUCACUUCUUUCCUGUCAGGCAAUGGAAUAAACCAUUUUUCUUGAGGUUUGUUGCAAGGUGCCUGGGGCUGAGCCGCCAUGAUAGUACGGAGGAAAGAGGACAAGAAAGAAAGGACAGUGGAUGCAAUAUACACUCAGGAGAAAUAAUAGGGGAUUUCUCUUGUUCUAGAUCCAAUUCAACGUCAAAUUGUCUAGACAAGGCAUCAGCUUCAACGUUCUUAGAACCGGGUCUGUAGGUGAUAAUGAAGUUAAAGCAAGACAAAAAUUAUGACCAUCUAGCUCGUCUAGAAGACAGUAAUUUGGCAUCCCCAAUAUAUGCCAGGUUCUUGUGAUCAGUAAUAAUCAGAAUGGGAUCCUUGGAGUAAUAUGGGAUAAAACUUACUCCAUAAAUUGAUCAUAUUACUCCAGGUUCUUUUAAACACAGUAAGCACUAUUGUUUUUUUUUUCUUCUUCCUGUUUUCGGUCCUAAUAUCAUCCGGAGACUACUCCCACCUUUCAUCGAUAUCCUAUCAGUGGGGGAUCUAUACCACUGCAUGCGCAAUACACAAGAGCUGUCUUAAGCACUAUUUUCACCUUGUCUUUUUUUGUUCUUGCCGGGACAUCUAGACCCUGAGAAACUUAUAAUACCAUCACCUAUAUCCUGAGCUUGUACUAGCCCUAAAAUAGGUGAGUAGGACCACUACGGAUUACAUAUUUCCCAUCAUGUGCCGGUGACAUACUAUACCAUUUUAGUUUUUUUUUCUUUUGCCGUCUGUUUUAACAGGAUCAAGAGAAACUGCUAUCUCAAGACUUCCACGAAUUAACAACGUAAAGGUCUACGCCUUAUCAUCUCUGUACCUCAAAAUUGGCCUUUCUACUAAUUUGUAUAUCUUAUAUUUCAGACUGUAAACAUUUGAUUGGCUGUUUAGUGUAAGUAAAUUUUUUUAAAUAAUACUUUCAAAUUUUCUUAACACAGGGCUUGACAAAUUUGCUUUCAAUCUAGGAGCCAGGUACAAAAAAGAACUACUACAGCUUAAUAUAGUGGUCUGGUGUCUAUAGAUUGUCCCUGCAGGCUUUUCAAAGUAAACUCAGUCUUCUCAGAGAAAAGACAGUGUUUACAUUGCUAUCUAGUAACACCUCUAGAAGCCGUCACUCAAACGGCCACUAAAGUGUCUUCUACCUACAUUCAGCAUCUUCACGCUCUGCAUGGAGCUGCUGAACGUUCCCCAUAUAGAUGCAUUGAUUUAUUGCAUCUCUAUGAGGAGAUGAUGAUUCGUAAUUAAUAAUCUUAGCUAUGGAGGCUGGCCAGCUGCAGCGAGACCAGCGUUGCGUUGGAAAAAAGGUGAGUAAGAAAACCAUUCCCAUGCGAUCAGAGGGGCUGGUGACCUAAACGCACAGACACAACGCACACACACACCCAGAAAGACACAACACACAGAUACACACAUACCCAGACACGGAAAGGGCGGGCAGCUGGCUCUACUUAAAGGGGCGGGCUGGAGGGCCGGCUUUGAGGGAUGCGGAUGGCCGGGCCGGCUCGGAGGUCCAGCUUUGCUCAGUGGGGGUGGGCAGGCUCGGAAGAAUGCGGGCGGGCAGCAAGCUGUCAGUCUUUAAAUGCUGCCCUUCAAGCUUGCAAUUUCCCUGUGGGAGGAAGGAGGGAACAGGCCUACCCAGACGCCAGGGCAAAAUUCUUAGUCGCCGGAGACCUGGCGCCUGGAAUUUGUCGAGCCCUGUCUUAACACAUCAUUUUAAAAAAUUGUGGCGCAACCUAAUUGUUCUAUUUUAUAAUAUUCUGAAAUUAGCUAUAGUCUAGAAUAGAGUUUGUCUACUUAAAGGGAUAUUAUAGUGCCAGGAAUUACUUAUCUAAUCUUAGUGGCUCCGUCGCCACUGACAUCCCGCGAUGAGCAGGUGCUAAUGUGCUUGCUCGACGAAUGCCAUGCGCGCAUUAGUCUUCCCCAUAGGAAAGCACUGUGUGCCUAUAGUGUCCCUUUAAGGAGACAAUGUAGACCACACCAGCUCAUAUUAGACACACAAAAGCUGCAUUGAAAGACAGAACAAUAUCCCUGCUGCACACAAAAGACAAAAUCAAAUUCAAGGUGAAUUGUUCACAUUGCAGAGAAACAAAGUUUAUUUGCUACUGUUUUUUUCUCAAAUCAGACUCUCAAAUCAGAUCACAUUUCUCGCUCUCAACCCACGCACACAACCUUGCAUCUCUCUUGUGCUUGAAAUCAGCCUGCAAAACAAAUAAGUCACUCUUAUCCCCACAACUGCUGUAGGGGUUAUAGUGCCUGCUUGCCCAUGAAGCUGUCCCAUGGUUAUUUGUCAACCUGUUUCUGCAUGGUGUGGCACAGAGGAACCUCCGAUACCCAUGGGCUGGCUUCUCCCGGUCCAUGUUGCCAAUGGGGAUGUUGCACGUCUACAUUAACAAUAGCAAUUUAGACCAGGUUUGGACCGGUACCUGGAUUCCUGGUCUAAGCUUUUCAGCUGAUGUGCUCAGUCAGUGAAUGAUGGCUGAAGAAGGAUAGAAUUCAAAUGUAACUUUCACAUUAGCAAGAUGUUGGACAUAGAGUAUGCACAUAACCAGGAGAAAGUGCCAGGGGGAUGCUGACAAUAGAACCAUUACAGUCGGUUUACUCAACAGCAGUCAUAAAAAAUAAGUCCCACAAAACCAACAAACAGAAAAAAAAAAUUCUAUGUAGUUUACUACAUGUUUGUAUUUCUAACGCUGUAGUGUUCAUUUUAAAUUUUUUUAUUUAAAAACAAAGAUGGUAUGACUGUGUUCAUGUUUAAUCGGUUUCCUUUGUUCUGCCUUAAUUGACAGUAGGUGUCAGACGACUCCCUAUUAUCUCUGCAAAAAUGUAUUUUAAAAGCAAAUAGAACACAAGUUUCAUUGUAGCCGAAAUUUGGACGUUCUUGCCUGCCUUUUAUGUGUUUUAAUAAAAAUAAAUGCACUGGGUAUUCCUAUUGAGAAGAUAUUUGGUAUGGAUUAGUCCAUGGUGGCAGAGAAGAUUGCAUUUAUGUAAUGUAUUCAUUGCUGGUAGCAAAUCUGUCUUCAGAUUCACUAAAUAUUUGGAAAUUUUGACAUUUUUAUGGCUUUUAUGUAGAAAAAGUCAUUGUGCAAAUAAAAUGAUUGGUCUGAGUCCAGCUUAACAAACAGUGAGGUUUGGCAGUGGUUUUGCUAAAUGUGUUCCAGGGAUCUUUCCAAGGAACUGGCUGCCUCUUAACUCAAUGAACACAGUGAUUUAUAAAAAUAAUUUUACUUACCUGUACUUGUGAAGACUGUAAAGUCUGUUAUAAUUCCCCCUCCUCUCUCUACAGGGGCACAUAUAGUGUGUCAAUGCAAAUUUAACUGAAUCUAGGUGCCUGAGCCACACUUUCUUUUUAAGAGAACACAUUGCAGAGUGCAGUAUGUAGGAAUAAAUCGUAUUUGAUGGCAGAAUGUGUUGCACAACGUUGGACUUGGUUGCUGAGGGAAAUCCGUGUGCAGGAAUAAAUCCGUAGAUCGGAGAAAAAGAAAAAUGUAUAGGGGUUGACAAAUGUUUGUGGAUUUUGUGAGACAGACAUAUUUAGAUCAAACUCCAUUUAUAUAGGAAUAAGUACAUUCCUGCUAAUUUGUAAAUUUAAUUUCAGAAACAUUAGUUGGCAGAAGUAUUUUUUUAUAUUUUUUCUCUUUUUAUUCCCUCUCUUGUCACACAAUAUUAACAUUAUGGGAAUCAAAUACAAGAAAGUAUGUAAUACAGUAGUAGGCAACUGGUGCAAUCUAGGGUAUUUAUCUAGUUUUAUUACUACAGCAAAAAAAAUUUUCAGUCUUUACAAUUUUUAUUUCCAUGAGGCGUGUAUAUUAUAGGGGGCGAUGUUUAUUUAUUUAUUUUUAACUUUUUUUUUUUUUUUAACUUUUUUAAUUAUUUAAUUUUUUUAAUUUAUUUUUAAUAAACUUGUAGGGUUUACACAGGUUGCCAUGGUAUAUAUCCCUUUCUGAUUUCUGGUAACUGUCAUUUCUGCAGAUUUUCAAUACUCUGUUUACUUAUGCCUUAUGUUUAGUAGAUAUAUUUUUUGAGGGCUAAAACUUAAUGGUAGAGAUGCACACCCCUAUCUUAGCUGCUUGGUAGUCAUUUUUACAAAUGUGGCCCAUAACGGUUUAAGCCCUGAAGGUAAGCAGGCGCCAGGGACUUCGGGCACCAUAACAAAAGGUAUAUCGAAGUACCAUUAUAAAAAAACCUCAAUACUGUUCCUGAAAAAGGACUAUUGGGGAUACAGCCAGGUGUGAUGUAGAUGAUCUAUACACCAUAAACCCCUCAUUUAGUUAAAGGUGUUUGAGGUUUGGUGUCUCUUUACAUUUCAAAUAUUUUAUUCAGUUGUGUAAUUUGAAGUGACCAUUUCACUUUAAAACGAGUGUGUCCUGCAGCUCUGCUUACCACUCGGUCAUUUGUGUUCCCUAAACAGAUUCUCUGAAUGCUAACUCUGAUAGUUUUAAACUUUCUAUAUAUUAUAUGUAAAAAAACAAAACAAAUAUAUUGCAGCAACUACUGAAAAUUGCAUUGUGUUUUAAAUGUAAACUUGCCACAACUGUAUACUUUUGGUUCUCCUUUUCCACCGUGCCACAUGCACACAACUCAGUCAAUUGCUAUUUAUAGUCUAGCUUUCAGCUUUUUGUUGGCUUUGGUGUAAUAAUUACAAAACUCAGGCUUCCAAGAUGGAUUCAUCAAUUUCCUCUCCUAAUCCAGAGUGUGUAAUAUUCACAAUUUCCUACUUGUGGCCUCAUGCUAGGCAUUGUGGGAUGCCACACCGAGUAAUUGAGGUCAAUGAGGUCCUGUAUGAUUUUUCCUUUAAAUGUUGGUCAGCUUACAAUGAAUUUGAAGGAACUGUUAUUUUUAUUUUUAUUAUAAUUUUUUAUAUUUCCAAUAAAAAGCUAUUUUAGUAUCAGUUGGACAACGUGACUAUUUUGCAUACCUCUUGGAAUCUUGAGUGUGUAGGCAUUUUUGUAAAUAAGCCAAUUUUACUCUCUCUUGAAUACUGUAAGCUUGUGGGGGUGGAUAGAUUUUUUGCAUUCAUCGUAGAGUUUAAAAUAUCUGGCUGGCUACUAUGAGGGAGAAAGAUUAAGAAACUAUAUUCGUCUGUUGCCUUUUUGACAUGUAUAUGACUUUUUUUCUGUAAUACUCAACCACCUAUAAGAAUUCAACUAACAGUUGGAAACUCUCCAAUUUGUACCUGACAACUCCUCUCUGGCUAAAUGGGCUGUCAGUGGCUUCUAUUAACUAAUACUUUAUUUCUUUUGUUUAAUGUAUAUAAAACCCAUAAGACAAGUUUUUGUACUUUAAAAUAAAAAAAUGUUUUUCAGAUCUGCACUUUAUUCACCAUGAAGUUUCUUGUCUUGCUGCUCCUGGGACUACUUUCCUUAUGUUCUGCACACACGGACUUCUUCACAUCAAUUGGUAUGUCCCAUAUUAGAAUGUGGUUUUUGUAGGGGAUAAAUAUAGUAGCAAAUUUUGGUUUUGGUAGGGGAUAAAUAUAGAGUCAAAUUUUGGUUUGACUCAACCUCCUACACAACCCACUGUAAUAUGACGUCCAACCUUCAAACUCCUACACUCUCUACUUUUCCCUUGAACUGUGAAAUCAGUCACUUACCAUGGCAAUCCCAGAGUGUUUAGGUUACCAGGCCCCCAUUGCCACGGAUAAAAAUAUCUUAUUUCAUUUUGUGCCUCUCUACCUCUUUGGCUGAGAUCAUAGAGAUUGAUUAUUGUAGGGAAUCAUUGGGAGGCUAGUGUUCCUUUAAAUUUGUAAUGUGUCCUAUAGAUAAUUGUCCCUGUCUGCUUUAUUUGGUACAUUAUACAAAACUUUUUUGUUUUCUUCAUUCUGUUUACUUGAAUUCCAGGUCACAUGACAGACUUGUUAAACACUGAGAAAGACCUUGUAACAUCCCUGAAGGAUUAUAUUAUGGCAGAAGAGCUAAAACUGACAAAAAUCAAGCAGUAAGUGAACAUUUCUGAUGUAAAUUUGUGAAUAUCCAUGUAACUUUCAUAAUUCAUUUUUAUUCUGUAGUUAUUGGAUAAGGUAAUUAGAGGGACAUUAGGGGCACCCAGAGCACUUCAUCUCAACGAAGUGGUCUGGGUGCAGUGUUCCUGUCCCCUUAACCCUGCAAUGUAAAUCAUUGCAGUUUUAGAGAAACUGCAAUGUUUACAGUGCAAGGCUAAGUUAAGAAAAAGGCCAAGCACCCAGACUUGCUUUAGCAUAACAUGAUUGAUGUGGUUAAUUAAAAAGCAAUAGGUUUCUUCUAUCAUACAUUUUCUAAACUGAUCACAAAUCAGUUGAUAAGUGUGGAGUCACAGUUGCUAGAUCAAAGGUAUUAAAUUAUUGUGCACAUGUAUUCAGCCUCUUCAUUAAAUAAGACAAUCCUACAUUAUGUCCAUUAUUAGUGGACAUAUAUAUUAUGAUCAGCCACAACAUUAAAACCACUGACCGGUGGCGUGAAUAACUCUGAUUAUAUGGUUACAAUUGCACCUGUAAAGUGAACAGUCAGUUCUUGUUGGAAGCCGGAAAAAUGAGCAAAUGAAAAAAAUCUGAGUGACUUUGACAAGGACCAAAUAGUGAUGGUUAGACUACUGGGUAAGAGCAUCUCUAAACAAAGAAGGCCCCACCUUGCAACUUGCAGGAAUUACCAGGAAGGUUUUCUUUGGAAUUUAUUGGCUUAUAGUAGGGGUAGAUCCCCAGAUGUUGUAGAACUGCAAUUACCAAAAUUGAAUAGAAUAAAUAAAACCACCGGUAACCUGGGUUAUUUGCAGAAAAGUGACUAUUCCCCUUUUAAAGUCUUUCCAAAAAAAUAAAAUACCAACUUUCCUUAAUGAUUUCCUAUAGUUUUCUUCUAUAGUAUCAUUGUCAUAUUAUCUUUCUAAGUGAUGCAUGUUUUGGAUGUUUUCUGUUGGUUUCAUUCUUAUGGCAAAUAAUGCCAUUCCCUUUUUAAACACUGCUCCUAUUGUGUGCCAAGUGUUGUGCAACCUUCACAGGUGUAUCUGCUUUCAUUAAAAUGAGGGAAAUUAAAUGUGCCAUCUGUUGCCAAUUUCCUGUUUUAAAGAUCUGUGCCUGCAUUCACACAUUUCUGCAGUGUGUUGAACCAAACAGCUGAUUUGAGUUUUAUAGUUUUCCCAUUAGUUCUUAUGAGCUAGUUAUCAUAUUGUAUUGUAUAACUUGCAGAUGGGCAGAGAAAUUGGAUCAAGUGACCGAAACCGCUACAAAAGACCCAGAGGGGUUCUUGGGACACCCUGUCAAUGCUUUUAAGCUCAUGAAGCGACUCAACACAGAGUGGUUGGAACUAGAAAACCUGGUUCUUAAGGACAUGUCUGAUGGUAUUUACUAAUUAGCGUAAACGCUUUAUCCUUUUUCAUAUUCCUAGUCAAUUUUCAAGGUAAAACCAACAUGGUUUGUUUCAAACUAGUCAGGCUGACAAAAAUAUUUUAAAAGAAUAGGAUGGACAAAAUAUACCCAAGGUUUUUGUCCAUCCUACCUGCUGUCCAUGUUCCUGUAGUAAGACAUUUUGUGUAUUCUACAAUGUCUAUUAAAGUGAACAUAAAACACACAAACGUAGUGGGUGAAAAAUUUUGUUGCAUAAACAUACAUUUAAUCAGUACAUCAUGGGUUGUAAUCUCCAGCAAAAGCAGAGUUUAAAAGCCAACACUUGUCUUUAAGAUCACUAUCUCUACCUUUCAUAUAUAUGGCUUGACAUUAUUUCAGGCACCAUCCCUUGAUUUCUAGUGUGCUUAACACUCAUGAAGUUGUGGAAUGCUGCUGUGUCAUUUGAAGCCGUGUCAACAGGGUGAUAUUGAAAUAGAAAUACAGAUAUGUAUGUAUGAUAUUGGCUAAAAAUGUACAUUACAAAAUAUUGUAAUAAUCACAUGCUGUCUUCACAGGAUUCAUUUCCAAUUUGACUAUCCAGCGACAGUAUUUCCCUAAUGAUGAAGACCAGACGGGUGCAGCUAAGGCCUUGCUUCGUUUGCAGGACACGUACAACCUCACACCAGACACGUUCUCAAGUGGUAACCUUCCAGGUAAUUCAAGCUCUAUUGAUUAUUUUACUGUCCAGAAAACUUCAUAGUAAUGACCCCUCUGUUCAAGAUUUGUAUUCUUUGUUUUUCAUAACACGGCGCUAAAUCAAUACAGCAAUCCAUAAAUUUGAGUGGGGGGAGUGGAAGGUCUUUUUGUUUGUUUUUUCCUAUUGUCUAAAGUACUGUUCGUAACAUUACGCUUUUAGAAUAUUACUUUUAAUAUUAACCAUUCAUCAUUCAUAGGUGUAAAGCAAAAAGCCUCAUUAACAGCUGAAGACUGUUUUGAUUUGGGUAAAGUUGCCUACACGGAUGCAGAUUAUUACCAUACUGAGCUAUGGAUGGAGCAGGCUCUGAAGCAGCUGGAUGAUGGAGAAGAAUCUUCUAUUGACAAAGUCUUGGUUCUAGAUUACCUUAGCUAUGCAGUAUAUCAACAAGGGGACCUGGACAAAGCUCUCAUGCUGACAAAGAGACUCUUAUUCUUAGGUAUGAGGUCAAUAAAUAACGGAAUAUUUUUUGCUGGGAUGAGAUCUGCAAGCCUGCAUUUGAUAGACCUUAUUCAUACAGUUUCAGUAACAAUGUAGUUUAAUUAUUUUUAAGGUUAUUGGUUUAAAUUUUGUAUAAAAAUGUAGCAGUUAAAAAUUGCAUAAAUUACAAGAUUUUUAAAACCUGGGUAAUACCACCAGUUCCACCAGACAAAGUGAAGCCUAUCUACACCCGCUUCCUUGCUUUUCUUUGGUUUAUAAAUAGUUUUUUGUUUUUGUUUGUUUUUACAUCAGACAUUGGUAUUCAGUACCUUAUGGUAGCUUUUGCGUUUGAGGUGAUAUCGAGUAAAUAAACCGUUCUUGAUCAGCCUUGUUUCACAUAGGUUUUAGACAAUUCUGUGGCCAAACACAAUGUGGUUUAGUUAAGCAAAAUGCUGACUCAGAAUUUGUGUUACACAAACAGACAAAAUUAUGAUUCAUCCCCUUCAUUUUUAGGUUUUUGAUGUUUGAGAGAAGUCCCAGACAGUACUUUACGCUAAACGCUUCUGUGCUGUUUUUGCAUGUUUUUUGGAUUCAGUAUUAGUCCCUCUAGGGGAAGGGCUCAAGUAUACAUGCCUGCACUAGACUUUUCUUUACCGUGUGUCAUCUGCUUCUUUUAUCAUUGAUAUAUGAAUUGGCACAGACUGGUGCUUUGAACCGAAAGCAUCUUGAUAGUACUCUGGUCAUAAUUCAUGAAAUCUGAACCCUCUGGAUCAAAUUUUUUUUUUUUUUUUUUUGCCUUGAUUGCUCCUCAUAAUAAUCAUACUACCAUUACUCAAAACCAUAGACUGGUUACUUUGAGCAUUGUUUUUGAUUCUCCCCUCCUUGCUGGUAUUUCAGUGUAGAAAAGCUGGCAUGUGAAUAUCAGAAAACUAAUUCCAGGAUUUAAUAAAAUCCUUUAUAUUUUACCAUGCACUUUAAUAUGUAGCAUGAUGUCCCAUUAUGUUCUAUAUCUCUUGUGCAACAGGGGACCAUUAACAGAAUGAUUUUUUUUUUUAUUAUUCCUAUAUUGCAUAUGUUCCAUUAGUUUAUUUUGUUGCCCUUCUCAGAUAACAUGUAAAGAAAAUUACAACUAAGGAAGUAGAAUUCUCAUUAAAUGCCCAGUUCACUUUUGCAUAUACUGCUAUUGUGAUGCUGGGAUCAAAUUCUGCAAACAAAAGAUGUGUAGCUUGAUAGACCAGAACUGUGUUGAAUUUUUUUCUUUGAGUGUUAGCCAGAAUCCGUAAAAUGGUAUGCUUUGAAACAUGUUAAUCCUUGUGUGUUACUUUGCUCAUACUCACUGUGCCUUGCAAACAAUGCAUUAUGUGAUAUAUUUGCUUUGAGGGUGUAUACUCAAAAUGGUUACUUGUUUGCGUAUCAGAAAACAUUUUAUUUCUUUAUACUGCUUUCAACAAAAUAAUUGUAGACAAAGCAGUUUGUAAAAUCUGUAUAAAUAGCAAUGCAUAAUAUGUACAAGCAUACUUUAUUAGAAUACAGUAAAAAAAUAAAAUUAAAUACAAAGUACCAUAUUGAGUCAAAACCAAAGCAAGUGUGCUUAGUAACACUUGGACAUAUGAGAUACAGAGGGAAAAAAGAACAGAGAGAGAGACAAAAACUCAAAUAAGGAAAUAAACUAUAAAGUUGCCAGUGCUGUUCCAGGACAGGUACUUAAUCUAGCUAAGGAAGGUAGCAUGUUUCUACCAAAUUGGGCCAGAUGUAAUGAAAUGUGGGCAGAAUGGGAUUUUGGUCUGUGAUAUCUGUUGCUUCUUUUUGGCAUAUUUGAUUAUUGUUCCCUCCUGAUAUAGAGAUGGUAUUUUUAGUGAGUUCCAAUUUUGAACCAAGGCUUUUUUUUUUUGCGAGAAAGAUGUGACAUCAAUGUUGUGUAGUGAGGAUUUUUAAAUGUCUUUUUUUUUUUUUUUUCAGUCAAUUUUUGUUCUAACGAAUCAAAACCAAACGAGUGGUUUUUGUAUAGUACAUUUGUGUGAUAGCUUCCCUUGUACGUGAGCUUCUCACCAUUUUAUUGUUUUUUAUAAACCUCUCUUUUCUUUACACCAUAAUACCAUCAAUUAUGCCACUAGGGGGAACCAGAUGCACAUAAACUUAAAACUUAGUCUGACACCAAAAAUUAUCUUCAUCUGCUUCUACGUAGCAAACUGUCUCUGAAUCUUUUUAUUUUCUUCCUGAUCACUCUAGUUUUCAUAAAAUAGUUGAGGAAAAGUAGGCACCACUUUUCAUUAUGUAUAGCAGUAAUGUUGUGCCAAGAAUGCCCUGGCUUUCUCACACACUCCGUGAUCUAACCAUUUAAGAACAGUGUGACAACUUACCUGGGCCCCAAGGGUGCCUGCUACGAGCAGCUCCUGCCAAGAAUCUAUGUCUUGCUGUGAAGGGCAGAAAGCACUUAGCUGACAUUCUUAGCCAGUGAGCAAAACCCUGCGCAGCACGGCUUUUAUUAGUAAAGCUAACUGGGUGUUCCUUGCAGUAAAGGAGACUGCAUGCGGAUGGAGGCAUUCAAGUAAGUUGUCAUACUGUUCUUAAACUCAAAGCGCCAUAACCACUAUAGGAGGCUUUAGUGCUUAUGGUACUUAGUGUGUUACUUUAAGCAAAUUUGCUCACAAUCCACCAACAAAAUCUGAUCCCACAAAAGGACAAACUGCAAACACAGGCAGAAAAGAACAAAAUGACUGCUCCCAAAUAUUGAGACUCAGAGGGAGAAAACAUAAUAAAUUAAUAAAGGCAAGAGGUGGUAAAAUUAUAACAAUACAGUUGUGCCUACAUAUGAGGAUAUUUUUUUCUAGAUCCUUUGCCUGAAAUUCUCACUUCUGUUUCCAAUUCUCUAUUAUCAAUUUACUGAAUAAAGCCCCUAGCGUUACAGUUUGUUGUUUUGUUUUUUAUUCAUUAAAACUUUAUCCCCACUCUACCUUGUGCCUAAACCUGUUUCUUUGUAUUUAAAUGUUUAGAUCCUGAACAUCAAAGAGGAAAUGGGAAUUUAAAAUACUUUGAAUACAUUAUGGCAAAGGAAGGAAACAAAACCGGUGUUUCUGAUGGAGCUGAAACCAAGGCCAGAAAGGGCCGGCCUCGAGAUCACUUACCAGAGAGGCAAAAAUAUGAGAUGUUGUGCCGUGGGGAAGGUGUAAAAAUGGUAAGCAUGUCAGCUCGUGUUUUAUCCAGUUGCACCUUAGUUUAGCUAUGCGGAACCUGCUGCUUUAGCCAUGUGUGAAGAAUAUUGCACACGGACGCGGGACUGGCCUGUAUGUAAGUGUAGCAACAAAAAUAUAUACAGAGUAAAAUGUUUGUUUUUCUAUCAGAAAAAAAUAGAGACUGUAGUUGUUUUUUACCUAACACAUAAAAUUCAAAUACCUCCGAUACAAUAUACUUUCUUAUAGUUUAAUAACUUACUGUACACCUAACUCUCCCCGCUUUCUUUUCUCAGACUCCUCGCAGACAAAAGAGACUUUUCUGUCGUUACGUUGAUGGGAAUAGGAGCCCUACUUUCGUUUUGUCUCCUACAAAGCAAGAGGACGAAUGGGACAAGCCCCGUAUUGUGCGUUACCAUGACAUUAUUUCUGAUGACGAGAUUGCAAAAGUUCAAGCAAUUGCAAAGCCAAGAGUAAGUACUAUUUGAAGGUUUUGUGUGUGUGUGUGUGUGUGUGUGUGUGUGUCAAUGAACCAAUCAUGCAGACUGUGCUUAACUUAUACCAUGUUCAUAUAAUAUAGGUACUGUUGGAAGGUUUCUGUCAUAGCUUGUACUCCGUAGACUACUGAAUGUAAUGAUUUGUGUUAACUUUUUAUCUAGUUCUCUACAUUUGCCAGCACAAUAUUAAUCAAUUAACUAACUCUGUGACAUUAUCUAAUUGCUCAAGAUGAAAUUGAAUUGCUGCUUUGGCAUUUUGGCAGAUGUCAGUCACCUGGUUGCAGCAAUUAAAUUGUGUGUGCUAGAACAUAAUCGGACAUGAGUGUUUUGUUACUGUAUUUGCUGGUGGCAUUAAACUAGUUAUAUUUAAAACCAAAAAAAUGCAGAUUUUUACACUUAUUGGAAAUUGCAGAAUUUUAAGACAUUUAAAGGGACACUAUAGUCACUAAACCAACUUUAGCUUAGUAAAGCAGUUUUGGUGUAUAGAUAAUGCAUCUGCAGUCUCACUUUUCAAUUCUCUGCCAUUUAGGAGUUAAAUCACUUUUGUUUCAGUCCAUGCAACCUUAGCAACACAUCCCCUAGCUGUGACUCAUGCAACCUGCAAGAAAAAAAGCUUUAUUUUAGUCAGAUGUUGACUUACUUUAGAAGUAUUUAUCUACUGCUCUGUAUAUUGAUCUUUAAUCACACACAGGAGGCUCCUGCGAGGUCUAGCAAACUGUGAACGGUGUAGGAGAUACUAAAUUAUAAAUUUGACUGUGCAAUAAAGAAGUGUAAACAUUAGAUCUCCCUUUACACAAAGUGUUUGUGAAGGCUGUGCAUGUUACAUGCAGGGAGGUGUGACUAGGGCUGCAUAAACAAAGUGAUUUAAUUUCUAAAUGGUGGAGAAUUGAGCAGUGGGACUGCAGGGGCAUAGUAUAUACACCUAAACUGCUUUAUUAAGCUAAAUGUUUUGGUUUUUUGGGUUUUUUUUUGUGACUAUAGUGUAUCUUUAAGACAAUGCAGAUGUGUUUUGUCUAUUAACAUCACUAGUUCGUUAUUGAGUUUUUAAGAAUGCAUUACAAAUCUGUACUUUCUGCAUGCAUUUUCCAUACUUUAAUUAUUCCCUAAAUGGUUUUGUAUAUAGAGGUGUGAUUUAAUUUUACAAUGUAACAUUUUUUGUAAUUGUAAAUCAAAGGUUUCUGAUUGGUUGGGUGAAUGCUAGCUUAUGAUUUGUUACAACUUUUGUGAUUGGUUGGCUUCACAGCUGAGGCGAGCCACCAUUUCAAACCCUAUAACAGGAGUCCUGGAGACUGCACACUACAGAAUUAGCAAAAGGUAAGAAGAGAGGAUUCCGUACACCAUUUUUAAUGCAUUGCUUGGGUAAUAGGUUUGUGCUGGAGCUUAGAUGGAACUGAGGUAACAGGAGUGCGUUCCUGGUAUAUCGGUCCUGUCUUUGUCACUGCUGGUGUGGAGUAUCCUUAUCACUUCUUGUCAAACUGAAGUUGUCAAUUUACAUUCUUACAACCUUUUUUUUUUUUUUUCUUAAUUAUUUGGUGUUUUUUCAGGCAUAAACAAGUGCAUUUAGUUUAUAACUUACAUUGAAACAUGUCUAGAUGUUUCAUAUUACAAUUGGCAUAUGUGUCAAUUAUUCAGAUCAUUGUAGGGUGAGCCAUUUUUCUUACUAUGGUACAAAAAAAAGACACGGAUUUAUUUAAAAAAAAAGAAAAAAAUCGUAUUCUUCAUUUUCUACCCCAUUUGAGCACAAUGCACAUAGUUCUAUGAAUGACUAUAUUCUUUUCUCUUAAAGGACCACUAUAGGAGGAUGGGGUUAAACUUACCUCUUUCUCCAGCGCCGGGUGGGGGACUCUCCGCCUUCUCUCCUCCUCGGCUGCAUGCACGGCAAGAGCCGCGCGUGCAUUCAGCCAGUCUCAUUGGAAAGCAUUCACAAUGCUUUCCUAUGGACGCUGGCGUCUUCUCACUGUGAAAAUCACAGUGAGAAGCGCGAAAGCGCCUCUAGCGGCUGUCAACGAGACAGCCACUAGAGGCUGGAUUAACCCUAUUAUAAACAUAACAGUUUCUCUGAAACUGCUAUGUUUAUAGAAAAAAGGGUUCAACCUAGCUGGACCAGGCACCCAGACCACUUCAUUAAGCUGAAGUGGUCUGGGUGCCUAUAGUGGUCCUUUAAUGUUAUGUCAUGGGUUCUUCAUUUUUUUUCAUAGUAUUUUUAUCACGGAUAUUUUAGGCUUACACAUUUAUCACAAUUUAGCAACACAAUUCAUGAGUUACUAACAAGAUUUUAGUUAUGGUUUUACAACGCGAUCAGAGUAAAAUCUGCCCACUUAUGCCUUUUGAAACAUCAAAAAAAGUCUACAUGAUGGUUAUUAUUUAUUAAAUUAUAAUAACCUUUACCUUUUUUUGCAUUUGCAAUACUUAAGCUUUAACUUCCAAAGAUAAAAAGGAUUUGCCGAAACUCUGCACCGGUAUGCAAUAGAUGUCUCUACUAAAAAAGUGAAAGGACAUUGCAUUGUGGACCGAAAUAUAUUUCUUUGUUAUCCUUAAGGAGACUAUAAAAGACUUUGCGUGGCAUACCACCCAGACCAAUCUGAAUCCUUGGCAUGGCAUAAAAAAUAAAAAUAAAAAAAAAAGCCAAGUUCUAAAUGAAAACCACAGUCCUUUCUCUUUUUGUAGCUGAGAAGGGCUACAGUGCAUGAUCCUGUGACAGGACAAUUGACCACAGCACAAUACAGAGUCUCUAAGAGGUAAGGGGAAAUGUCUUCUUGGACAUGCUAUGUGAAUUCUUUCUGGAGGAAUGGAAAGCAACACAGUCCAUUUGUGUUACUAAAUGGAUCGUGACUGAAUAAACAGAUUAUCUGCUAAAAUUAGACAUUUUGGUAUAUGUCUUAAGUGCUUUCUUAAAAUGAUUCCAGAAUUAAAGAAAACAAAUACAAUUCUGUAAACUGUAGAUUCGAAUUGGCAAGUGAAGGCUCAAAAUAAUUGGCUAACUGCUCAAGUUUAAUUUUGACCCCUUUCAUUUACAAAAGAAAAAGAAAGUACACAGAAAACCUGUGGAUAAUGGCAAAAAAUAGCCAUUCAUGGUGAAUUCCGUUGCUACAGUGUCCAUAUGGGAGCCUUUACGAAUUAUGCCCAAUUCUCCAUGUCCUAGGAAAAUCUUUUAUUCUACACCUUGGAGAUGGUAUAGGUGUACCCCAGCUUCAUUCAGGGGGGAGGGUGCAUGCUAAACCAAUGGAUAACUUGAUGUAUUUUAAAAUGUACUUAGCCUUCUGCUGUCUUUCAUUGUGUAUAAUCCAAUGUGUACUUCUGAAAGCAAAUGUUUCUGUAAUCAUACAAUGCAAACUGGAUGUCUUUUAGAAGCAAAUUAUUACUUUAUGAUCUAGGGAAACGGUCUGAGCCCGACUAGUCCAGUUGUGACUUCUUAAGGCCCAUGGCAUUCUUCUUCCCAAGUUACAGUGCAUAGCCAAGUUCUACCCAUAUUAUUCCGGGACAGUGUUGUGAAAAACAUCUCUAGUGUAUGAUAAAUACUUUAGCAACAAACUCAAGUCUUUUAAGGCAAUAACUAUAGUGCGUCAAAGCUGUAUUUUAAUCCAGGCCACAACCAAUAGACAAAGCAAGGCUUCCUUAUAGGCUAUGAAUAGCUAUAGACUAUCCUACAGAUAAACUCGUAUUCCUAAAUACUCACCAGUUAAAAUUGCAGUAAAUUGAUGUAGUUGUAUGGUUGUUGUACACUUCCAAACCAGUUUCUAGCCUUUUGCUUUUCCAGGUCCUGCAUCCCACAUAUCCAGAGAUAACCAGAGUGGUCCUAGUUUGCUGGCAGCCACGUGCUUUUGCCCAUUUAAUAAUCCUCUUCAAGUGUCCUUUUGAGACCCAUCCUGCUAUACUUGAUGUAGGAUGCAAAGUCGGUUAAUAUAAAUUUAAAAGGACGUGAAUAUUUUCUUGUGCUGUCUUAGUUAUACGUACACCACUGCAUUGGUUACUAGGAAAUCUUUUGUCAAGAGUCGGGUUACAUUUUGUUGAAUCUGCAAACCUCCAUUACAUUCAGAUGUGACCACGAAAAGGACAAAAUUGUGUAAAUAUGGAAAACCUUUAAGCAGCCACAUAAAUGGUUUAUAGUGAAGUAGCUUAAGGAGCAAGGGCACUUGCUUAUAAAACCCACUAUUACUGUCCUAGAUUGGCCCCUUCAUGUGAUAAUUCUGUUGGCAUUGUAUUCUGUCCUUAUUAUAUGUCAGUGUCUGUGAGUGCUGAUUAGAAAGCCUUGUGUAGUGGUUGGCAGUGCAUGAUAUAUAGCAUCCAGCCAUGUAAUAUGAAAAAUAUACAAUUAUUGAAGAAAUACAAGAAACAUUGUACAUAGGCCAAUGACUCCUUAAUCCCCUUCAAAGUAGGCAACUUGGGACCUCACACAGUUCUCUCAGAGUCUCUUCCACUGUGAAAAAAACACUCUGCAAAAUCCUUUGUAAAAAUUGCCAUCAGCUGACUUGUCAUAUUCCCUGAAUCAUAUCGACAGUCUGAAAUCUCUUCCUUUUCAAAUGUGAUUUUAGUUUUGGGAAAAGCCAGAAGUCGCAGGGCGCCAAAUCUUUCAACCGAUUCUCAGCUAUCUUUGAAGCAUUUGGGCCACAUUUUUAUUUAGGCUGCAGUCAUUGCAUCGUCCCCGAAUGUAUUCUGAUUCGUCCAAAUAGUUUUUGUGGAGGAAUGUUAAAGCUUAAUGCAAAAUUGGAUGCAGAUUUGUUUCUAUACUGGCUCAGUCAUUUUAAAUGCGAUGGCCACACAGUACACAUACUCACUCAAUGGUCUUGCACUCCCACUGACUAGUACAGUAAAGUUGUCAUUGAUCACGAAUUCGCAUUCCAGUCCACUCUCUUUGGCUGCCAGGUUACAUUGAUGUCGCCCAAAUGGUUCUCAUUAUAUUAACAAUGGCUGGACUUUUUCCAGACAGACCUAGUGUGUGUAUCUAUCUAUCAUUAUAUGUUUAGAGAGAUUGAAAUCCAUGUGGCCUGUAAAGAUAUAAUCAUAUGUAAAACAUCUGCAAUAAGUAGAAACAUCCCAUUGGAAUUUUAUAGUAAUUGCUUACUUUUAGAAUUUUACGUUAGCUCUUAAAGAGACAUGCAUCACUUGAAAUUUUUAUUUUAUUUAUUUUUAACCAGCAGUCAAAAACUUUUAAACAAAUAUACAAACCAAAAUACAACAACAAAAACAAAGUAUGUAAUAAACAUUUAUAAACUUGGUCAGAUUGCAUUGCUGGGCACGCCUACUAAUUAAUCCAUCUCACUUUCAGACCAGUUCACACAUGACAGAAUCAGGACAUCCUUGUGCACCAGGCUCCUCGUUGACUGGUUGCAAAGGGAUAGAGAAACCAGUCAUCAGCAGAAAUCACACUGAUCAGGCUAGCCUCUGAUAGCACAAGCUGUGCAAUUAUGUACAGUAAACCAAACUCCAUCUCAUCUCUCCCUCUCAGGUUCGAAGAGCUCUUCCAAAUACACAUAUUGUGACUCUGCCAGGCAUGCCUAAUGUACUAGGGAUAGGACACUGGUUAGAUCAGUUUUCCCCCUGCAGUGCAUGUGGAAAUCGUAAGAAAAAGGAAACCUGUAAAUAUGAAACUAAAUCAUAUUUUUACUUGCCUUUUUCAGCAUUUUGAAUGGCUCAGAGUGAUGCAUGUCUCUUUAAUAAAUAACAUUCAAAACUGUGCCCCACCUUUUUGUUGCUUUAAAACCCUGUCAUUCCAUUUGCCUCAGUGCUUGGCUGUCUGGUUAUGAAGACCCUGUGAUAGAAAAAAUCAACCGGAGAAUACAAGCACUAACAGGGCUUGAUGUGUCUACAGCUGAGGAGCUUCAAGUAAGUGCUAAAGAUAGGCGAGUGCCACAAAUGCCUCCUGCCUGACAAAUAACCCUAAACAGUUAUUUUAUAGCCUCUGUUCCUGGUUUGUUCCUACUUGGUGUUCUAGUGAUGGAUUUGCAUCUGCUUUGUGAGCCCAGGCACCUUCUAAUUUUUUUUUUUUUUUUAACCUAAUAAAAUGCAAUGACUGAAUCAGGACCAUAAAUUUGCUUUGACUUCUUUUUUUUUUUUUUUGGAUUAUUCUCCAUCUAGCUAUUUUACCUGUUUAGUUUGACCUUACACAUUCUCUGCCAGAGCAGUAUACACAUCCGAUUACCUCUGUGGGGUACAUCAAUGACUCUGACAUUUUUACUACCAUCCUUUGCUCUGCUUCUUGUAGGUGGCCAACUAUGGUGUUGGAGGCCAGUAUGAGCCCCAUUUUGAUUUUGGCAGGGUAAGUCCACCUUGUAUAAAGGAAACAAAUAUUUCCCAUGUGUUUUUUUUUUUGUCUUUUCAGGUGGCAAAUUAUGGAAUGGGAGGACAAUAUGAACCACAUUUUGAUUUUGCACGGGCAAGUAAAGUUCAUGAGGGCAGCAUUAACGCAGCACUUUCCUGCAUCUGUUUUAAAAGUAACCCUAGAAUCAAUAAAGAUUAACUGCACGUUGUGCGUGUUCUUAUAAUGUGAUGCAUUGUGUGCAACAAAAGAGACUGCAUUAAUAGAGACUGAGCAUUUCUUUAUUGGACUGCUGCUUUAAUGUUUCCUUUGUUUUUGUGUGUCUAAAUUAGCUAUUAUUUUAGUCUUCCAUAGCUGAAUGAACCAUUAAGCCAUCAUGAGAAAUGUUUAGAUUUAAAUUGAGAAAUUCUUCAUCUUUGUGCAUCUGAUCACCUACUUAUGCACUGUAUGUUACAACCAAAUUUUGGAGAAAGAUCUGUUUCUUCUCAUUUAUUACCUGUGCAUCGUGGCUUUGAACUUAAACUCCUGUAAUCAAUACACCUUGGGGCUGCACAUCUGGUUACCUACGACCCAUGACUAGGGAAAGAUUUGACCUCAGCUGCUUAAUAAGGGAAGAAGAAAUAAAUUUCAUCAUUUAAUGUAAACUAAAUACUUGAAGGACCACUAUGUCACUGAAGUGGUCUUGGUGCAAUUCUGUCAUUUUAACUGUUCCGUGCAAAACAUUGCUGUUUUUAACAUUACAUUGGGGUGGGGUGGGGUGGUCUGGAAUGGAUAAAUACACCACCAGUGGAUGUCUUACUGGAAUCAAUUGGAUUGUAAGCGAGUGGUGUUUGGCCACGCAUGAGUAUCUCCAUCCCAUGCUUCUCUAUGAGAAGCAUUGGAUUGUAUGAGUUUGUGGAAGACGACAGCAGGAAUGGUGACAUCAUCAUAGGUGCAGCGGUCGAUGCAAAGGAGGAGUCCUCGUGCAGGACAUGAGCUAAGCUAUCGUUGGAUAACUUUAUUUUAUCACUGUCAAAGGAGGUGGACAGAAGAGAACCUAUAGUUCUGAAAAAAAGUAAUUUGGGAACUAUAGCUUCCCUUUAGUAUUUCUUUAAUAUAACCUGUAGUUUCUAUAAUCUAUAAAUCUGCUGAAUACCUUUUUUCAAAAUCACCCACUCUCCAAUGUUUGCUGGGAAUUAUAAGUAAAAUACUUAAUCUUGCAACCCACCUCACCUAUAUAUUUUGCUCUGGGUUUAUCGUGGAUUUAUGUCCCCAUAAAUGAAAGGAAAUUGGCUGACCUUCUUCUCACUUGCAGUGUCUUAGCUAAGUUCCACCAGGGCACAUAAGGCAAGCACGUGGGGUCUUCUUGCUCUGAAAUUUGGAUUUCUUAUCUAGGGUUGCAGAAAUAACAAUGUGAGUUUAAUAAGAAAAACACAAAGCUGAUUAGAUAACUCUGGUAAUGCACCAACUGUAGAACCUUGUCAGUGUUCAGUGGUCAUCUUUUCAAUAAGUUAAGUAUUGAUGAGUGGCGUGAUAGUGAUAUUUAUUAGCCACCAUAUUAUUUAGAAAUUAGAGAUCUAUAAAAGAAUAGAUUUUUUUUGUUUUUGUUUUGUGGGUGGGUCUUGGAGCACUCUAAGAUGAUUGUCCAACUUUAUAAAAAAUAGGCAUUUCUCACAAAUUGUCCACGAAAAUACUUGCUAGUUGUGUAAAUCAAAUGGUUCUCAUGCCUGUAUUCUUCUUCAUGAAUGUGGAAGGAACCAUUCAAUUUUCCCUUGGACUAAAGACCCUGAUCUUUUUUUAUUUAUUUUUCUGCCACAUAUCCAUUUCCUUAAUGUUGGUUAUCUCCUGUCCCGUGUGCCAUCAACACCAUUCCUAGAGAACCAUGGGUGUUACAUCUAAACUCCAUCCCAGCCAUUUUGCCCAGCAAAAUGUGCUGCAUGAGGACACUUUCCCAAGCAGGGCAAUCGUUUGUAAUGAUGCCAGCAGUUUUUCUUCAUUGCCAGCACACUGGUAUUAGAUUGGUAUAGUAUUAGUCCCUAUAUUUCUAUAUUCCCCCAGCAGGCAGGGAUUACCUACUAGUGAAAUAACUUGGUGACCGUAAGCAGGAGAACCAGGUUUGAAAAAAGUCUGCUGCUCUUGCCGGUCACUAAAUCCUCUGAAUGGACCUCUAUGCUGAGAACUGAUUGACCAGUAAGGGACUAAAGUAUUAAAGAGCACACAUUUUAAAGGAUUUAGAAGCUGAGGAAUUUUUUUUGUUUGUUUUAAUACUUUUUAAUAAUAUGGCAAAACCUGAAUUAUUUAGAUAGGUGCAUCAAAUGAUAGUUUAAUGGUUUGUGGAACAGAUUCUGUAAUGAGAUCCAGCCUUAAUUACUGCUUCAGAGUAUAUAGAAUUUGGUCAAUUUUACAAAUUGAUAUGGGAGUAAUUAUUUGAGCAUGUACUCUUAGUGGGGGGGGGGUGGAAGCACAUGCCGUGUUUUAUAGAAAUUGUGUAUUAUUUAAUCAGAUCUAAACUGAAUUUUAAAACUAAUAUAUAUACUAUCUGAUGAUGAAACUAGAGGGGAUUGCACGUGUGCUUGUUUGUUUUUUGUGUUUUUUUUUUUGUUUGGAGUGUUUAGAUUUUUAUGUUAUAUUUUUACUUUAGUUUACAUUUGCCGUUUGUGUUUUCAUUUAACCUGCUGUUAUAUUCUUUACAGAAAGAUGAACCUGAUGCUUUUAAAGAGCUUGGUACAGGCAACAGAAUUGCUACCUGGUUAUUUUAUGUAAGUUAAGUUUGGAUAUUACUGUACAAUAUGUUUUAUUAAUAAUUGAUUUAUGAACUAUUGUUUUCCCCUGGUUAGUGUUUCAGGGUGGAUUUACCAAAUUCUUACACAUAUGGAGGCAUCAUGCUCCUGGUAUUCUCAUUUCUUGAUCUGCACAUUGCUGAUAAACUUUUGAAUUGCAGGGUUUUAUUGAUCAUACACGAGAUAUAUAAUAAUAUAAGCCAUAGCAAAUUGCACAAGUUGGUGUUUUAUUUAUUGAGGAUAAAAUUAUACUUGUUCAAAAUCUAUAAUCAUGCCACUAACCUCAUGUCACUAUUUUUGAACUUCCCUUCUCUUUAUUUAUCCUUUUGUAGCUUAAUGAGUAUACUCCCUUCCUAUUUGCCUUUAUAUUUAUUCUGUUUUCUUUUUUGCGCCAGACUGCGAACCCUGGGUGCUGCCAUUUUGUUUUCCUCUGUCCACAAUGACUACAGUUUGUCGUUGUGUGGGAUUCUUUUGACAGAUGGAUUGUGGGCAAAUUACUUUAGAAACUGAAAUGGAACGUUGCUUAACUUUGGCCUAUUGACAGAAAGCAUGCUCACCAUAAGAAAAAGUAGUCCCUACGGCUUGUGGUGUUUUUUUUGUUUUUUGUUUUUUUAUGUAAUUCACCAUAGGUUUUCAGUUACACAUAGUAAUACAAAGAAGGAAAAAUAGAGGGAUAAAAACAAAAUCUGCCAAGUGACCGAGCCGCUUUAACCUCUUCAGGACCGGACUGUUUUUGCGAUGUUUGUGCGUUAAUUUUCCGCUCUCUCAUUUACUGUACCGAUACAAAUUAUAUAUUGGGGUUUUUUCAGGACAAAAAGGGCUUUCUUUACAUACUAUUAUUUUUAUCAUGUCAUAUAAUUUAAUUUUUAAAAAAUAAUAAAACAUGGUGAAAAAAAACACGUUUUUUGACUUCUACUUAAAAAAAUCUUUUACUGAUCUACAAAAUCGAAUGAAACAAACUGCUAAAAGAUUCAAAAUUUUGUCCUGAGUUUAAAAACACCCAGUGUUUACCUGCUUUUUUGCUUUUAUUUGCAAGUUAUAGGGCUAUAAGUAGAAGUAGGAAAUUGCUGUUUCAAAAUGUACAUUUUUCAAAUGUAUCAAUAGUGACAUUGUAACACUGUUAUGUCAUAAAUCUCCAAAAAACACCCCACAUGUAUAUAUUUUUCUUAAACUAGAUAACCCAGGGUAUUCAUCUAAGAAUAUUUUGAUACUUUCUAUGCAGCCAUUUUACCACAAACCUCUGCCAAACUUUGCAUAGGUAGUUUAUUUUUUUUAUUUUUUUCACAUACAUUGCAAUUCAGGUAUAAAUUCACAGAUUCUGUUAGGUGUCACUACCAAACACCACCCCAAUAUGUGUUCAGCAACAUCUCCUGAGUACAGGCAUACCCCCCAUGUAUAGGUGUGUUGGGUUGUUUGGGGGCUAAAAGGCCACAUUUGGCAGGUGCGCAUAUCAGUUUCCCAGCUUGGAAUUUUGACAUAUAGUCAACCUGCAUGCAUGUCCUAUUUGGGACAUUUUUGAAGCCAGCCAAUGUAUUUUACCCCAAUCAAACCAUAUAUUUUUGAAAAGUAGAAACCCUAGGGGAUUUCACGUGGUGGUAUUUUAACACCUUCGAUGCACUAAUUCUACCACCAGGCUUUGUCAAACAUCGAAUUAGUAAUUUUUUUUCUCUGUUUUUUUCACACACAUUGUACUUUAGGCAUGAAUUAACAGAUCCUAUAGAUGUAUAGAUCAGGGUGUUGCCGUGGAUGUGAUCUAUUUGGAUUUUGCUAAGGCGUUUGAUACAGUUCCACAGAAUAGAUUAGUGUUCAAACUCAAGGAAAUCGGUCUAGAUGAAAAUGCUUGUUCUUGGGUAGAACAUUGGCUUAAAAACAGAAUACAAAGAGUUGUCAUUAAUGGUAAAUUUUCAAGCUGGACAGAGGUGGCAAGUGGUGUCCCUCAGGGGUCUAUUCUGGGACCCCUUCUAUUUAACAUGUUUAUAAAUGAUCUUGAAGACCGCAUUGAAAGUAUGUUUCAGUGUUUGCAGAUGACACCAAACUUUGUAAAACAAUACAAUGUGAGCAAGAUAUUACUUUGCUGCAGAGGGACUUAGAUAGACUGGGGGACUGGGCACUCAAAUGGCAGAUUAAAUUUAAUGUUGAAAAAUGCAAAGUUAUGCACAUCGGCGUAAAGAAUACACAAGCAACGUAUACCCUUAAUGGAAGCGAAUUAGGGAUAACACAUGAAAAGGACUUGGGGAUUGUUAUAGACAACAAACUAUGCAGCAAUGUCAAUCAGCAGUGGCCAAGGCCAGUAAGGUAUUGUCAUGCAUGAAAAAGGGCAUUCAUUCUCGGGACAAGAAUAUAAUUUUGCCUCUUUAUAAAUCACUGGUAAGACCCCAUAUUGAAUAUGCUGUGCAGUUUUGGGCACCUGUUCUAAAGAAGGAUAUUAUGGCACUAGAAAAAGUGCAGAGGCGGGCUACAAAACUAAUAAAAGGAAUGGAACAUAUCGGCUAUGAAGAAAGGUUAACAAAUUUAAAUCUAUUUAGUUUAGAAAAACGUCGCCUGAGAGGGGAUAUGAUAACAUUAUACAAAUAUAUUCGGGGCCAAUACAAACCAUUGUGUGGAAAUCUAUUCACAAACCGGACUUUACAUAGGACACAAGGCCAUGCGUUUAGACUGGAAGAAAGAAGAUUUCGUCUAAGGCAAAGGAAAGGUUUUUUUACUGUAAGAACAAUCAGGAUGUGGAAUUCUCUGCCUAAAGAAGUGGUUUUAUCAGAGUCCAUACAGAUGUUCAAACGGCUACUAGAUGCAUACUUGCAAGAACAGAAUAUUCAAGGAUAUAAUCUUUCAAUGUAGGGUAAUAACUGCUUGAUCCAAGGAUAAAUCUGACUCCCAUUCUGGGGUCAAGAAGGAUUUUUUUUUCCUAGCUUGUUGCAAAAUUGUGCUUCAAACUGGGUUUUUUUUUGCCUUCUUUUGGAUCAACCGCAAAAAACAAAUGUGAGGUAGGCUGAACUUGAUGGACGCAAGUCUCUUUUCAGCUAUGUAACUAUGUAAUCAUCCUGUUAUGUAUCACUGCCAAACAACACCGCAAUAUGUGUGCAGCAACAUCUCCCGAGUACAGGGAUACCCCCCAUGUAUAGGUGUGUUGGGUUGUUUGGGGGCUAAAAGGCAGGUGCGCAUAUCAGUUUCCCAGCUUGGAAUUUUGACAUGUAGUCAACCUGCAUGCAUGUCCUAUUUGGGACAUUUUUUAAGCCGGCCAAUGUAUUUUACCCCCAUCAAAGCAUAUAUUUUUGAAAAGUAGACACCCUAGGGUAUUUCACAUGGUAUUUUAACACUUUCCAUGCACUAAUUCUACCACCAGGCUUUGUCAAACAUUGAGUUAGUAAUUUUUUUUUCUGUUUUUUUUUCACACACAUUGUACUGUAGGCAUGAAUUAACAGAUCCUGUUAUGUAUCACUGCCAAACAACACCCCAAAAUGUGUUCAGUAAGAUCUCCUGAAUACAGUGAUACCACCCAUGCAUAGGCUUGUUGGGUUCUUUGGGGGCUAAAAGGCCACGUUUGGCAGGUGUGCUUAUCAGUUUCCCAAUUUGGAAUUUUGACAUGUAAUCAACCUGCGCCCAUGUCCCAUUUGAGCCAAUGUAUUUUACCCCCAUCAAACCAUAUAUUUUUGAAAAGUAGACAAUCCAGGGUAUUUUAAAUGGUGUUAUUUUAACACUUUUCAUACACUGAAUUCUACCACCAGCCUUUGUCAAACUUUUGGGUAGUAAUCUUUAUUGUUUCUUUGUCACACACAUUGUACUUUAGGCAUGAAUUAACAGAUCCUGUUAUGUGUCACUGCCAAACACUGCCCAAUAUGUUCAGCAACAUCUCCCAAGUACAGUGAUUACCCCCCAUGUAUAGGGUUGCUGGGUUGUUUGGGGGCCAAAAGGCAACAAUCAGAACUUGUACAUGUCAGUUUUUCAACUUGAUAUAUAGGUAUGCUUGGUCUAUCUUCAGCUUUCAUAUUUUGAAGCCCCCAGUUAAUGUUACCAUCAUGACAGUAUACAUAGUAUAUAUUUUUAUAAAGUAGACAUCAAAGGUUAUAGAAGAUGGGGUGUUUUGACUUCUUUCCACCAACCAUUUUGCCCCCCAAAGAAAGUGUAGUAGUAAUUUGUUAAUUCUGUUUUUUUAUGCACACGUCAUCUGGUUUUGGCCAGCUGGUUGUGUUACUGCCAGAAAACUUGUUAGACCAAAUGUGCAGGUAGCAAAUGUACAUUUAGCGGCAAUCUUUAAACUGACUCCUGCAAAUACAAUCUAACUGGAGAUUUGGGCGAAGGAAACUGACUAACAAAAAAUGGCUGCUUUCCAAAGAAAUAAAAAUAAAAAUUCAGGAACACUUCUCACAACUGUUCUGUGUGGUACAGCUUGAAACAUGUUCCUACACACAGUCCUGGUUUUGAAGGGCAAUCAGGACAGUGAAAAGGGGUGUCUUUCCUUUUCCCGUUUUUAAAACAGACCUGGCAACGUUUCUGUGGGGGGUUUCUAGCAGUUGGCGGUAACUUAAAAAUAAAAUGUCUGGACUCAGCUUGCACCAUUGUUGGAACUUGUCCAUCUCCAUAAAUUGUUAAAGAAAUUAUUUUCAACUGAAAUUGGAGAAAGGUGGUUUUCCCUGGAUUUUUUUUAAAAAAAAAAAAAGCAAAAUUGAGUUGUGGGUUGCUAUUUGCAUCAUAUAGAUAGCCACCUUUUUAUACCAUGCUUUGGUUUUUUGUAAAAUAAGAUAUGGCUGCAUCAGCUGAUCAGCCAAAUCAACACCCCCCAUGUACUUAUUAUACGCCCUGAUGCAAACCGGUUUGGACUCUACUCUGCCCCGGACAGAGACUUCUGACAUGCGUUCGUCAUGGAUGGUGGUUAGCAUGUUGACAUCCUUCCUGUCCCUAAAUUUUAGUGCAAGCACUUCAGCUUUGCGAAGUGCUUUACGUUCGCCUUUUUUUAAUUUUGCCUCUAUGAGAGAUCGUGGAAAGUCUUUGGAAUUUUUUCUGGCAGUGCCGCAUGCCAGUGUCUGUAAACCAUAAAGUGUUUUAAACAGACGGACACUACUAUAAAAAUUAUCCACAUAAAGAUGGUAACCUUUAUUAAACAAGGGGUUUAGUAGGUCCCAUACAAGUUUCCCACUUGUCCCCAGGGAGUCAGGACAGCCAGGAGGGUCCAGUUGACCAUCUUUCCCCUCAUAUACACGAAAGGCAAACGUGUAUCCACUUUCACUCUUGCACAGUUUGUACAGUUUAUGCCAUACCUAGUGCGCUUUGAGGGGAUGUAUUGUCUGAACCCUAAUCUCCCUUUGUAUUUCAUUAGAGAUUCAUCUAUGGAUAAAUUUUGUUGGGGGGUAUAAACAUCCGAAAAUUUGUCCUGACAAUGGUCUAGCAGUGGGCGUAUUUUAUAAAGCCUAUCGUAUUGGGGGUGAUCUCUAGGGUGACAUAGGGUAUUGUCACUGAAAUGUAAAAAUCUCAGCAGUAACUCGUAUCUGGCUCUAGGCAUAGUUUGGGAAAAUACUGGACUAGACAUUAUUGGGUUAGUGCUCCAGUAUGAACGAAUCGAUGGCUUCUAUAUAAUCCCCAUGAGCAUUGUAAGAGCCCAGAAGUUUUUAAGCUCUGGGACAUCUGUGGGAUGCCAGUCAUGCUCCCUGACUGUAUAGCUACCUGGAUUGUUAUCAAUAAAUUGGGUAGCUUACAAGUUAGUCUGGGAAGCAAUCUCCUCCCAGAUGGUAUCCCCUAAAAAUAGUUAUACAUACUACAUUGGGGAGAAGCCAUCCACAUUAACAUUAAUGCCUGCGUUGGCACUAAAAGGGGGGACGUUGGGCUCGGCUAACUUUUGGAGGUACCCAGUCCUCCUCCACAUUCAGCGUAGCAGAGGAAGCACAGCUUCUUUCUUCAGCCGGUUCACACACAGAAACUGACCUGGGUCAAAAUCUGACGCAGUGUCAGUGGCGUCAGAGUCGGACGCCAAGAAGGCAUAUGCCUCCUGCAAGUUAUGCAUACACUGCAUGUUUUACACACAACUAAAACAAAUUACAAACACACAAAAUAAAUGUUAUACUUUUUUUUUUUUUUACUAAAACAGACUAAACGGCAAUCCCUAAACUAACUCCUGUCACAAAAAUCUAAUGGAGAUUUGGGGGAAAGAAACUGACUGACCAAGACACAGAUUUUUAAAACAAAAUUAACCCUGCUGUACAACAAAUGCACUGCUGUAACAGAUCUGGCAGGGAAGGGGUUAAAAGGGAUUUUUUUAUUCACUUUAGAUACUGUAUAAAGCUCUGGAACACUUCUGCUGCAACAAACUAUCACAAUCUCUUUCUCUCUCGCCUCGAGGGGCAGAGAUCACUGUCAAAGUGAGUGUUUGUAACACCCACUUUGACAGCAGCCAAUUGUGAGCGAUCGCAGAUCGCUCACACGCCGCAAUUGGCUGUUAAUAUCUGCCUUGGAUGUCUGGCAGAUAGUUACAGUGUUAUACUGGCGGGAGCGAUCUUUGAUCGCUUCCCGCAGCCCGCUUUUCGCUAUGACGGUUCAGGACCGUCAGCGGUCCAAACGCACUGAAGGGGUUAAAUCCCAAUGCCUAGCUCAAACAACAUAUUUAAUGGAUUUUUUGUUUCGGCACAUCCCACAUAUGCUCAAUCAGAUUGAGAACUGGGGAACUUGGAUGCCAAGGCAACACAUUGAACUUGUUCAUGUUCCUCAAACCAUUCCUGAGCAAUUUUUGCAUUGUGGCAGUGUGCAUUAUCCUGCUGGAAAAGGGCACUGCCAUUAGGGAACACCAUUGCAGUAAAGGGCUAUACAUGGUCUGCAACAGUCUAUAGGUAGCUGGUACAUUUCAAAGUAACAUCCACAUGAAGGUCAGGACCUAAAGUUUCCCAGCAGAACAUCCCCGAGAGCAUAACACUGCCUCCACUGGCCUGCCUUCUUCCCAUAGUGCAACCUGCUGCCAUUUCUUCCCAAGGUAAACGACACACAUGCACCUGGCCAUCCACCUGAUCUAAAAGAAAAUGUGAUUUAUUAGACCAGGAAACCUUCUUCUAUUGCUUUAUCGCCCAGUUUUGACACUCCCAUUUUGAAGACACAUUCGGGUCGUCAUGGGCAUUCUAAGCACUAUGUGUUCUGACACCGUUCCAUCAUGGCCAGCAUUACGUUUUUCAGCAAUUUGAGCUACAGUAUUAGACUAGUCUUCGCUAGUCUUCGCUCUCCACGUGCAUCAAUGAUUUUGGGCCCCCAUGAUCCUGUUGUCGGUACAAUGGUUGUCGUUCUACGCACCACUUUUGGAAGGUACUAAUCACUGCAUAACGGGAACACCUCACAAGACCUCCCGUUUUGUAGAGGCUCUGACCCCGUUGUGAAGACAUUACCAUUUGACUGUUGGCAAUGUCUCUCAGAUCUUUUGACUUGCCCAUUUUUUCUGCUUCCAACACAUGAAGUUGAAAAACUGACUGUUCACUUGCUGCCUAAUAUAUCCCACCCCUCGACAGGUGCCAUUGUAACAAUAUAAUCCAUGUUCUUCACUUUACCUAGCAGUGGCCUUAAAUGUUGUGGCUGAUCUUCAGCCUUUCGUGACACCACCAUAGUGGUCACAUUUUGCUGCUUCAAAAUAUUUUUAUAUUUCCCAUAUGUCACCGUUAAGUAUCUUUUUUAUGUUGCCUUUAUUUAACUCAUCAGCUCAUUAACAGGACCAUAACAUAUUUACAGGGUUAUUCCUUUUUUUUAAUUUGAUUUGAAAAUUUUUUUUUACAGUUCAGCUGUUUUGGCCUAAAAUUUAAAAUUCCAUUUGAAUUCCUGACAAUUCCUGACAAUUUUCACUUUGGAGAAUAACCUGAUAGUGUUCUCCUUCACCGUGUUGUUUACUUAUAUCCUUCCCAUUAUUUUUUUUUUCUCAUGUCCUAUCCCUUUUUGUAUAAUUUGUUUAAUAUGACUUUAUUAUUUUUAUCAAGCAUGCUAGCUUACUCCUAAUAUCUUAUUCAUGCCACUGAAAAGUGCUCUUCUUCAGUGAACUAGUGAAGGACCAUAUAGACCUAAUGACACAAUGUGCAGAUAUAUUUUGCAUACUUUAGUUCCACUGUGUCCUUAUAUUGCCAGCUGAGUGCCAUAAUUUUCUCCUUGAAAAAAGUACACAACCAGAGAGAAAGAGAGGGCAUUGAUGAAACCUUUCUCUUAUAUAUUUUCAAACUUAUGGUACAUCACAGUAAGUUAAGUUUGCAUUGCAUGGGAUUAUUUUUAAAGGAACAUUCUAACAUUAGGAAUAUAAACAUGCUGUUGGAGGGGGAAGAAGCACAGAUCUAAAGCAUUAUUAAUUACAUUCUAUAAAUUGUAUUGCUAUAUGAUGUAAAUGGUGGAUAUAUCCCAAAUGAGCACAGUGGAUAUAAAGGCUCACUAGGUUUCAGUACAGUACAUUGCUAAAUCAUUUUCAAUUUCCUGUACUUGCAGAUGAGUGAUGUGGAAGCAGGUGGUGCUACAGUGUUUCCAGAAGUUGGAGCAGCUGUCUAUCCGAAAAAGGUAUAACAUUAGCUAUGAGAAAUGGAUGGUGCAAGAGCACAUAGUAGUCAAAACGUUUAUAAAACAAAAACAUAAAUUACAAUACAAGAAAUAUUUUUGUGUAAAAUAUAUCUAAAAGGGUGGUUUAUACAUAUUGGCUUUCCUAACGUUGCUGUACUAGAAAUGCAGUCUAUAACAUAGACUGUAUAGAAUAUCCUCAAAGAUUGCAUGCAAAAAUAAUCCACCACCGAUUUUUCUAUUUUAUCCUCUGAUUGUUUGGAACCGAGAAGGUCUAGUGAGUCGUACGCUUAUGUAAUUCUUCUGGGAGAUAAAAGCGUUUCUUGCAGAGCCAACAGGACAGUGGGAAUAUCAACUCUCUCUCCGAGAUUACAAAGAAUGAGAAGAAGCUGUUGAUGAUCAACAUUGUCAAAGGCAGCAGUAAGAUCAAGGAGAAUUAGGAUAGAAUUAUGGCCACAAGCUUUAGCAGCGAUUUAAAUCGUUGGAUACUUUGGUCACAGCUGUUUCAACAGAGUGACGAGUGUGGAAUCCAGACUGAAGCAGGUCAAGCAGAGAGUUGGAUUCGAGGAAGUCUGUCAAUCCCGCAUGCACAACUCACUCAAGGAUCUUGGAGGCAAAUGGAAGUAGUGAUAUAGGGCAGUAGUUGGAUGGGGUGUUGAGGUCACUGUUUGGCUUUUUCAGAAUCAGCAUUAUGGUUGCAUGCUUAGGGGGUUGAAGGGUGAGGGAAAUGAGCCAGAGCAAAGGGAGAGAUUGAAAAUUUUAGUGAGAGGGAGACAGAGUGCGGAUGAGAAAUGAGGGAAUAGGAACGAGGAAACAGGUGGUGGGGUGGGAAGACCAGAGCAGAAACCUCUUCCAUUGUAGUAGGUGCGAAUGAGCAUAGAACUGCGGAGGGAGUGGGGUUGGGUGAUGUACAGGAAGGGGAUGGAGAGAGGUUAGAGAUCUCUUCCCUGAUUGUAGAAAUCUUCUCAGUGAAGUACUUUGCAAAGUUUGAGGCGGACAGGAUGGUAGCAAAAGGGGAAGCAACAGGGCGAAGGAGAGCAUUAAAAGUGUGAAAUAGUCGUUUGGGUACGCAAGAGAUUGUGGUUAUGAGGGUAUUGAGGUAAUUUACUUUUGCAGAGGAAAAAGCCAGAGUGUAGGAGCGCAGCAUACAUUUUAUAGUGGAGGAAGUCAGGUGCUGAGUGAGACUUUCUCCAACAGCGUUCAGCAGUUCUUGAACAUUUUUGGAGAUAUCGGGUCAGCUUGGUGUGUCAGGGUUGUAAUUGGGAACGCUUGCUGCAUUUAAAUGUAGGAGGUGCCAUGAUGUCUAGUUGAGAGGAGGGCGUGGAGUUGUAGAGUGAGGUUGCAGAGUUAAGGCAAGUGAGAUUUGAGAUGGGUAAAAGGAGAGUUUGGAGUUUGAUGGAGAAAUGCUGGAGAUCAAGGCAGUUGAGGUUUCUGCAAGAUUGUAGAGUUGAGGGUGGUGAAAUUUGGGUAUGGGGUAUGCUGAUGUCAAAGGUCAGCAGAUGGGGGUCAGAUAAAGGAAAUUGAACAGUGAAGAGAUUGGAGGUGAUACAGAGAUUGAUAAAGAUGAGUUCAAGAGUAUUUCCUGCUGUAUGAGUUGCUGAAGUAGACCACUGUGUGAGGCCGAAGGAGGAGGUUACAGAGAACAGACUGGAGGCAUCAGGGCAGUUGAGUUUGUUGAUUGGUAUGUAUUUUUUUUUAAAUUUAAGAAUGACAGUGGGAGAAACUGUCAAAACAGCAGCUUAUAAAAGCAUAUUGUGCGAGUAGGAUUUAAAAAAAUAUUUUUUAUUAGUUAUGUGAAUGAGGGAAAUAUGCUGAAGAAGAGUAAGUGUAUCAUUGGGUUGUAGUGGUGGAAAUACAUAUACUGGGAUAAUGUAAAUGCAUAGAACAGAAAAAAGAUAAGAAAAUGUUUUAGCGGAAGGGAUCCAAGAAAUAUACCCUCACUGUUGCCUCACAGAUUUCCAGCAACUGUAUAUUGGGUAAACUUCCCUUUUGGCAAUAGAUAGUACAUUUCUGCCAUGCUGGAAAACUACUGUAUGGCCAAGUAUUGCGUAAAGAUUUGAACACUGUGAAAUGCUUUAAGAAGUUCCACCUUGGGGAUUAGGUGGGAAAUGGAGCAGCCAGAGCCUUGGCUAAAAUUGCCUCAUUGUUGAGAUCUAGUAAAUUGAGUUAAAUGAUCUUGAACUGAUGGGUUUUCUUUGAACUGGAUACAUGGAGUAUUGCUCUAGAGCAGUGGUUCCCAAACUUUUUAUACACCUAUUAUUAUUUUUAUAUUUCCUCUAUUCAUUCAACAUUAACUUUACCUAGAUAUAUAUAUCUACUUCUAACUAAACUGACUUUGUUGUAAUACCAUUUAUAAUGCUGGCACACAUUUUUACAUUAAAAAGAAAAAAAAAUACUUUCAACCUAUUGCAGUCCUGAAGUCGGUGUGGUUUGAGACACACCAAUUGAAAAUCACUGCUCUAGAAGACUUUUUCAAUCAUUUAUUUUUUUUAUUUUUUUUUCCGUUCCCUAGGGUACUGCAGUAUUCUGGUAUAAUCUUUUUGAAAGCGGUGAAGGAGACUAUAGCACAAGGCAUGCAGCCUGUCCAGUCUUAGUUGGAAAUAAAUGGGGUGAGUAUUGGGAUCCUUAUUGUAGAGCAAUACUGUUUAAAGUGACGUUAACAAACAUUUUGAAUUGUAAUUUACAGAAUGUGUUCACUCCCAAGGUACAUAUAUAAUCCUUCAUGUCCAUUGAAGAGACUGAAAUAUCAGUUUCUAAUUUUGAACACUUUUGGUCAGUUUGUCUAAGUUAACAUCUGCCUGGGAGACAGCGUAUGUGAAAAUUAAACCAUUCCUAUUACUGUACUGAACAUAUAACUGUACAGCACUGUGCUGAUAAAAACAAAUGGGUUAUUCUAGUAAAUAUAUCUUUAACUCAACUUUUUUUUUUUUUUUUUUUCAGUGUCAAAUAAAUGGAUCCAUGAGCGAGGUCAGGAAUUCCGAAGGCCGUGUAAAUUGUCUGAAUUGGAAUGAAUGAAUCGCUCCUAUGUUCAGUGGGGGGAAAAAACAUAUCUCAACCACAUAGACUGUACUUAAUCCAGUUUGCUGCCAAUCAAUGCAGUAAAUAAGUCCCCCAAAAAAUCAAAGAGGUCGACCCUUUAAAAAAAUCUGUUGAAGAAUCCGUAAUAGUAUGAUUUUAAAACAGAUGCCCGUUUUUCCAAGUGGGCAUUACAAAUAAAACACGGUAUUUCCCCCCUCCUUCCCCACCCCAUUUUUCCCCCAUCUAAACCUUUUUAAAAACCAGUAUCCAGACAGAUGUCUGUUCUAGUCAAGUUUUCUAAAAGUAAUGUGCACAUUGGAUAUUAUGAACUUACGUGACAAUCUCAUGUUGUGAAACUUGUGGUUAUUCUCCUGGCUCAGUUUGGUGCUUUUUCUUUCCUUCAAGAUUUGUGUGAGCUUUGCCUCUAUAGACUGCAUGAAAAUGGUUUUAGGGUAUUGGUAAAAUCUUCAUGGCGGGUACUGCAAUAUAAUAUGAAGUGAUUUAUACAGUAAUUAUUUUGAAUAUUCACACCUUUUGUUUCUGGUCUUCAUUUGCAUAGUAAGAUGACCAUCAGAAGUAAUAAAUAAUUCCGAGUUGCCACAUGCAAGGGAGAAACCUCUUUUGGGGAUAAGAGUGAUUUUGGCAAAGAUUUUGAUCUGUUCAUUGAUAAAUCAGGGGCUUAUAGUCUGUUUUGGGUUGUGUUUUUUUUUGUUUUUUUGUUUUUUUUUUGGGCAGGGGUGGGGGGUUUAUUUUUUAUUCUUAAAUUAUUUGGAUAUAUUGCAGGUCUAUUUUUGUGGUUGUCUGUGAAGUAAAUGUCUCUGUUUGGCAGUUGCUAGAAUAUAUCUAACCACAAGUAUUGCAAUAUUACAGUGUUUCGUUUUUUUUUUACACCUUUGUCAUCCCACAUAAUCUGUAUAUUCAUGUUUCCGUCUCUUAUCUAUUGAUUCUGUUGAUGGAAAACCGUAUUUUAGAAGUAUUGCAGGUGCCCAAAAGUCAGAGAAAUGUAGUGCGUUUGUUACUUACAGCAGGACUUUGGUUCUCAAACAAGUCCUGUGGAUCAAUUUAAAGGGUUCAGUGAUUUCAGGACUUAUGUUUGCACGCCGAUGAGUUUCCAUAAAUAGGUCAGAUCCUUUGCUUGAGAUGUUCUGUCUUGCUAUGCAGUGGGGUGAGGUAUCCAUUCAGAUAACACUUUUAAUAGGUUUGCAAAACUUUAUAUAUAAUAUAUAUGUAUAUAUAUAUAUUUAUAUAAUGUGUGUAAACAUACUCCUUUUUGGAAAAUAAAUUAAUUCAUAAACUUUUCUAAGCCACAUUUGGUACAUUUUCAUAUAUUUUGCACUUGGUAAUGUAUAUGAUAUUCCUCCUCAAAUGCAUUAGGUGUGACCAUAAUUACCUUGUAUCUUAAGAGGUAUAAAACUAGAAAUUAAUGAAUUUGUGAAUUGAAUAGAGGAACCUGAAGCAUACCUUUUUAUUUCAGUUUGUGUUUUUCAUACAACUCUAUUGUCAUUGACUCAAAAGAAAUCCACACUGGGGCUGACCCUUUUUUCAAGUGUUCUAUAGAUAAAAGAAAAAUAAACACUUUUGAAGUUCCUGCAUUUUAUGUAAAUCCUCAGGCUUUUCAGCUUCUGCAGUGAAUUCUGAACAGGCAGGAAUUUUCUCAUAAGACCAAUAUUCUGCUUUAACUGUCUAUGACCGUGCUGAUUUUAACCAGUAAGUCUCCUACACCGUAAUUCUUUGUUUUUAGUUCUACUGUUUGCUUUCUACAAUCGAAAAAGAACAAAGAAACACCCAGAAAAUCUGUUAUACACAAACUCCCAAACAACUUUGCCUUCUGAUACAAAAUCUAACUAUAUAAUCGUAGAAGAAAAGGGAAACUCUAAAGUUUGAGAUGGGGGUGUGCAGUAAAAGUGGGUUAAUUUAGGAUUUAAAAACAAACAAACGAUUGGACAGAAAAUGUGUAUUGUUACCUACCUAUUUGCAUCUACUGUGGGUACCUGAUAUAUCUAUUCAAAGCAUAAAUUGGAUUUUAGUGUUUUUUUUGUUGUUGUUUUUUUAAGUUCCCAUCAGGAUUACAUUUUUCUUUUCGAGAAUUUUUAUUUUUACCAUAUUGUCUAAAGAUAACAGGAAAGAAAACAAAAACUGUGUAAUAUAGAUUUGUUUCUAUGCAGGAUGGUUCUGGUAGUCCUAUACUGGGGUAGAAAUAUUUAAAUAUUUGGUAACCUAUAUUUUCCAUUAUACCUGUAAAUGCAGUGCCAAUACUCCCUAUAUUUCUAUAUUUAAAUCCCAUCAUGUGUGGAUUCUGAGCCCUUAAUGAAAGCAACAUAACCACUACAACGCGCUAUAGUUUUGUUUUUCUUUUUGACUCGCUAUAGUUUGUUCACUUGUGCCAUCUCCUGGUUUAGUUUCAAACCAUUUAGAAAAAUAUUUUUUUUAUAAACCUGGGCUCAUAUUUGCCACAUUGAUAAUGCAAUUAAUUUACUUGUCCGCAUUAUCAAUGUCUGUUUUGGCCAACUUAAAUGGCAUUGAUUGACUGAGAAUGACAAGGUUGGGUUAACUAGGCAAUGCUGUACAGGUUGGACAGAAGAGUAAAUUCUGCAUUGUUAAUGUGGUAAAGUUGGGGGCAAUUCCUAAGUGCCGAGAAUAACUCUGAUUUAUAUCAAACUGCUGGAAUAAUUGUUAAUAAUCUAGAAAUGAAGACCUUUUUAUAUAAAUCUGGUGUCACAAUAUAAUCUCCUCUAAGAUAUUGGUUGGAUUUAAGAAUAUGAUCAUGUUCACUUUAACAGAAACUGUGACUUUCUGAACCAAUUGUAUACAGUUCAGUGCUAUAUAUAAAUGUAGAUAUUAUAAAUUAACAAAAGCCAGUAAUAGUUCUUUAAGGGCAUCAAACAGUUUUAUAAGUCUGUUGUUACAGUCCAGUGCCUUAGCUUUCCACAUUUGGAAUAUGAAACCAUAUUUGUUAAUAUGAACACUCUUUUGUACCUGCAACCUGGUGUCCUAAACUAGAUCUUCUUUUAACUUAUUGCUCCACAAUCGGUACUUGAUUUUUGGACAGAUGCAUAGGUAGAAUUCCAUGAGAAUUCCUUUCUUUUAUGUAUUUGAAAAUCUUUGUGGCCAAGAUAUUUUAUUUAUAACCCUUUUGAAAUGAUUGUUGUUCUUUUCUAUGGGGUUCUAAAAUGUUAAGCGUUCAGUACAUAGUAGAUGCAAUAGAGGAACAGUUUAACUGAAGCAUUUCUAUGUUCCGAAAUAAACUUUUACUAAUGUUGUCCACUGCUUAAUUUCCCUGAUUACAUUUCUAUAAAAAAUAUUUAAAAAUUGCAGUCUGAUUUUUGUCUCCUGAUUUCUCAUAAAUACACCAUAGUAUUUGAAAGUCUAUAUAUGGUAUGAACAACAUAGUGCUCAAUUUAUUAAGGUUGUGGCUUCUUUAACUGUUUGGGUUGGCCUGGGAUUGCUGGUUUCAUGGAGUAGUUUAAUUGAAUUAAAAGCUGCACCUAAAUGGGAGUGUGAUGUAUAAACCUUAAAAUAAUCUGCUCCAAUGUUUUAAGAGUAAGUGGUUGC